CAAGAACUACUUUCUUUAUGAUACUUUAGUGAUACACAGCAACUCUAAGUACGUUAUCCCCAUCAGGAUAUUAGAGCCCCAGACUUUUGGUAGUCAUUUAUAUAAAUCAUUCCUCUGCUAUUACAGGGCAACUGGAGUUCAAAUUGGCAUACGACACAGAGGAGCAUGCAGCUCACAAGGUACUUUAUGUCCAAUUCUUAAUGUUGAUAUUGUUGGGAUACUGCCAGGGAGACAAAGUCCAUCAUGACUCCACGUCGUCUCCGGACGUCCAUCGAUCUCACGUAGAGACGUAGUAUCAGCAAUUAGCGACACGAGCUCCAGAAAUAGCUUGCCACAUUCCAGAGCUGAUGCACGCUCUAUCAGCAGAUAAUGCACAGCGAAAGAUGCACUCAGGAGAGCAUUAUUUACAAGUUUAUUCAGCGUUGAUCAGAACAAAGAAAACAUGACUGCCUGCUUCAGUGUCUCAGACACAAAGAGAAAAAACGAAAGCAUAGACACACCAGAAACAUCCUGUGAACAGAAAAUACGCAGGCUGUGACACAAACAUCCUGCUCCCUUUUAAGGUGGAAUGGAAAUAUCCUAACAGAUAUUUUUAAGCUGAAGUUAACUCAGUAUAGCAGAAAUUCUCACUGAAAGAUUAUGACUGCAAAACAACAGCUCCUGCAUUGGCACCAUAUCUAUUUGCCUAGUAUAUAAUGAGCUUCUAAGGUGUUAAUAUUAUUGAUUUGGGAAGUCAUAUUUGUAGAAGUCAGAAAAUUUGCUAUAUUAUAACAAACAAUACAAUCCUAGGUAUGCUUAUGGAGAAAUAAGUCCCAAUUAGUCCAAUGAGACUUUUGCAGCUAAGUCUAUCGUUAUUUGCAUACAGUUAGAAAAGUGGCUGAAAGUGUAAACAUGCAAAGUUGUUUGGCCUCUUGACAUUUUCUGCUGUCCCAUAAUCCAAAUUAAAAGCUAGCCUAUUUUCUUUUCUUCUAGGUUAAGCUGCAGAAGAGCAGGUGUUAAUAAGAAUGGACAGUAUUAAAAAAAACAAGGAGUUCGUUAUUACAAUACCACUUGGCUCAAUUCCGCUUGUCCAAAGGCCUUUAUUAAACACAAAAAAAUAAAAGCAGAAGCCUUUCCUCUUUUACCAGCACACCCAUACUUACACACACACACCAUGCAAAUCAAACCCAGAGUGUCUCUGCCUUUCACACCUCUGUGCCAGUUCAAACUCUCAGCAGGCCAAAUACCUUCUGUAGCCAGUGGUGCAAUGGGCCAAUGCAAUGAAUGCAUCACCCUUCACCAAGCAUGUAUAGAUGUGUGUGCUCCACAAUAGGUCCAAACACAUGUAAGCUUGAUUGACACCCCUCUUUGCUGUCUCUAAUGUUUCCGGACAAUACAUUCCAUGGGUUGUAUCCAAUGCUAGCCAUACUGAGAGUAGACCCAGAGAAAGUAAUAGAGACUCUUUAAUUUCAAUGUUCUACUCUUAAGUGAAUUGCUUUUACACAUCAACUUAUGCACACACAAUCCCCUCCCCCCACCAUGCAAAAAUGAGCUAUAGUUGGAUUGUUAUCUAUCAUUUGUCAGUUUGCAGAGGCCCAAAGCAAGGGUCAGCCUUUCAGUACAAGGAAGAGAGGACAAUUUUUACCCACUGUCCAAUGUAACUGCCUGAAGCAAUGAGAUACUAUCAAGGAAGGAUCCAAUUAAUAAAUAAAGACAAGGUCAUAGAAAAAAAGGUAAACUAGUUCCAGAAACUUCCUAGUUGUACAUCUUUCCCCAAGCGGUGGGGUUGGGGGAGAUGCUAAUCUUUUCCUGUUGCUUUGAACUACCUGUUUGAACUAUGACCCAUCCGUUCCUUGAGAAACAAGCAUGACACAGCAGAGGCGAAACAUAACAGAGGUAUCGGAGAUAUAGAAAAGGCAAAGGGACACAGUCAAAAUAAGUGCAGAAACCUGAAAUUCACCAUUAGCCACUAUAAUCUAUUGACACAGAGUGCUGUCACUCUGCCCCCUUGAGCCUCUUACUGCCUUUGCAUAAGAAAUCGGAAAAACAGUUCACUUUUAGACCAGCAGUAUUAAUAAGGACUGCAAAGGUGUAGGAUUCCUACAUUCUUCUAACUCUAUGAAAAAGACAGCGGAAUGAAUACUGGAGAUCUGUUGCACACCAAAUGGUGAUUUCAGCUACAAUACUAUGCAUAUUUUUACCUGGGAGAAUGGUCCAUUGAAAUCAAUGUGGCUUACCUCUGAGUAGAUAUGAAUAGGACUGCACAGUCAAGGAGAGUAGGAAGAAAGUCUUUUUGAAAUGAUGUAAUUUUAUUAAAGAAAUGUAUUGUCACAAUUAUUCAGUUAAUGCAAACUAGACUACCAUUUGUUGCUUUAUGCAGAGUUGCAAAGCCCAGCCCCAGCAUACCAUUAAGCCUUUACCCACCACCAGGUUGCAGUGGCCAUCAGCUACAGCUCAGACUCACCACCAGAGCAGUACUCUAAAGGCGGCAACAAGUACAGAACAGAUCAAACCAAAAGAACCACUACCCUGGGCAAACCGUUCCCAAAACACACAUAGGAGUCAGCAGUCCAGGAUGAAGAUAGCAUUGAAGCACCUGCCUCUACUCACCCCAAUGUGGAGGUAGAACCUACAGUCUGAGCUGGGAAAGAAUCACAAAGCUUAAAGUUUUGUGCAUGCAUGUAUGUGCAUGUGUAACAUCUCCUACAUCUGGCAUUGCUGUCUCAGGACCAUGUACUACAAUUAAACAAAUUGGGGAACUAUGUGAUCCAAGGUGUCUUCAGACAGGGGUAUUCUCCAACAGUUGAUUUAAGGAGACCUGUAGACAAUAACGAUUUCCUUACAAAAGAAACUGAUCACCGGGAGUUGCAUAUCCCCAAACUACCCCCCCCCCGACACAUCAUCUUCCUGGCAAGUGAAAGGCACAUAAUUUGCAAUCAAAGGUGCAAUUAAAGGUCACAGAGAGGUGCCACUUGGAAGAGGCCCUCUGGGCAGACUGGAUAAACACAGCUGCGAUCUCUUCAGCCAGCCGGCCAGUCCCCAGUGCACUGUGCGUCAGUGGCUUCUGCGGGGCGACUCAGUGGUCCUUGAAGUUCGCCUGCCUCUUCUCCACGAAGGCGCUCAUCCCUUCUUUCCUGUCGUCCGUGGCGAAGGUGGCGUGGAACAGCCUCUUCUCUGCCUUAUUGCCCUCAGCCAGAGUCAUCUCGAAGGCCGCGUUCACCGCCUCCUUGGCCAUGGCCGCCACCAGCUUGGAGUUCCUGGCGAUCUUCUCGCCGCAGCUGACGGCUUCGUCCAGCAGCUUGUCCACGGGGCAGACCCUGCUGACCAGGCCGGCCGCCUUGGCCUCUUGCGCCGAGAUGCGCUCGCCAGUGAGGACCAUCUCCAUGGCCAGGGACUUGCCCACGGCCCGGGUCAGCCUCUGCGUGCCGCCGGCGCCGGGGAUGGUGCCCAGCAGGAUCUCGGGCUGCCCGAACUGCGCCUUCUCGCCGGCGUAGAUGAUGUCGCACAUCAUGGCCAGCUCGCAGCCUCCGCCGAGCGCGUAGCCGUUGACCGCAGCGAUGACGGGCUUCCUGACCGUGGAGACCCGGUUCCAGUGCGCCAGGAAGUUCCCCGCGUAGCACUCCUGGAAGGUGCGGCCCUGCAUCUCCUUGAUGUCCGCGCCGGCCGCGAAGGCCUUCUCGCUGCCCGUGAUGACCACGGCGCCCACGCCAGAGUCCCGCUCCAGGGCGUCCAGCGCCUCGCUCACCUCGGUCAUCAGCCCGUCGCACAGCGCGUUCAGGGCCUGCGGGCGGUUCAGGCGGAUCACCGCCACGUUCUGCGCCGAGCCGCGCUUCUCCACCACGAUGUACUGGAACGGAGGCGCCGCCGCCGCCAGGAAGCGACGGGGAGGCCGCCGCGCGGCAGCUGCCGACAGCAGGAGAGGCAGGCGGAGGCGGCGGAGGGCGCAGGCGGCGGCCAUGCUGGCAGGGCAAAAGGUAAGGGCAGGAGGAGCCGCAGUCAAUGUGGUCCUUCAGGAGGAUUUCCGGUCCCCGCGCGGCGGAAACCCGCCAUUGGAGUGGAAUGGGUGGUGGAAACGCGCGUGUGAAUGGAUUUCGGAGGAGGAGGAGGGUUUAGAGAGAAAAAGAAAGGUGGGGAGAGGGAGGGCAGGGUCAGAGGCUCCCUUUCCUUGCACGGCUUUGAAAGCGUCCCUAGAAUCCCCUCCAGGGUCAUCUAGUCACCCCCCCUCGCAAUACAGGAAUCUCAGCUAAAGUAUCCUUGACACUUUAGCCUCUGCUUAAAAACCUCCAAGGAAGGAAAGUCGACCACCUCGCGAGAGAGUCGGUCCCACAGUCUUACCGCCAGAAAGUUCUUUCCGAUGUUUAGUCGGAAUCUCCUUCCUCCCCUGCGUGCCCCCAUGGAGCGUUUUAAUCGAAGCCGGGAGUGACGGUUGCUGAGCUCUCUUGUGUUCAUUCACCUCCCUUUGCGCACGAGCCUCCGGAAAUGCCCGGCGGCUGAACAGGAAGCGGAAGCGCCGCGUAGCGCUGGGAGGAAGUGUCUCCAGCUGGAGCGGCUCCUCGGAUCAGAACCCCAAUAACGGGGGGUGGCCGGGCAGGUGAGAGGCUGCCGUGGUGGGUUGUGUCUGGCGGGUCCCUAAGUCCCUGCGCUGAGCCGAGCGCGGAGAGCCGGGCGGGCAGCGGCCGCCGCUGACACAGCCGCCUCCGAGUCCCGCGGGGACUGUAUUGGAGCUGACGGCGACCCCCUUCCCCCGACCCCCUUCUCCCCCACUUCGCAACUGAAUCCGAGGAGGGAUGUGCGCGCGUGUCCGUGAGUGUGCGCGUGUUUGGGGCACCUUUAAAUGCGCGGCCAAGGCUGGCCUUCCUCUCCUCGGCCUGCGGCUCUGCGGCCCGUCUCUAGCUUCCUUCCCACCAUGUUUACUCGGGAAGAAAUGCCAUUGUUUUUAUGUGGGAGGCUGGCCCUUUUACUCGAGAAGAAAUCGGCUGCUUUUGCCGAAAAAAAACAGAAGGUAUUCGCUUUGUCUCUCUCUUUCCCCAACCUUCACAGUCUUGCUCUUAGGGGAGCCUGUUUCAUCUCUUUCGUUUCUUACCUGGCGAGAGCUAGUGCAUUGCUCUCGCUGACUCUCCCCAAGCUCCAGUCCUUUUUAACGUUUCUUGGAGCAGGGGACUGAUGUUGCUGGACUUGCUGAGGCUGAUGGGAGUUGUUCACCAGGCGGUCAUCACAUUCAUUAUCCCUGUCACACAGAAUCUCUGCUAUUAAUAGGAAUGGUGGCCUGGAUUUACAGUUUCCUUUUGAAUAAUAGAAGUGAAAACUAGUCAGUGAAUUCAUUGGGCCAGGACUGAAAAGGGAAUGGCUAACCAUAUAAAACACUGGCUUAAUGAAAUGUACAUCACAAUAAAUAUGUUAGUUUUAUAGUACCACAGAAUAUUGUUCUUUUAAACUUGUUUUUCAGAAGUUGACUGCUGAAGAAAUGGCAAUUAGCAAAAUAUUUUUUGGAGGGAGGGGUUAUAUAAGAAGUCCCAGCUGGAGUCUAUUUAUUUUAUGGAAGUUAUACCCUGCUUGCUUGUAGAAAGCCUCAAUUUACUAAUUGGCUUCUGCUAACUCUGGGGUUUCUUUAGUCCUUAUUUCUCACUGAGAGAUUUUAUAUAUGAAAGAGAUAAUCUAUAUAUGUUUUUUCCUGAAAUAAAUUUAUAUUUACUAUUUAUUUUUAUUUGUUCUUUACUAAAUUUCAUGUUUACGACAGGUCUUGCCUUGAAUUUCUGUAUGUUAAAUACUUACAUUCUCCUGUGUCACCAUUUUCUCCUGCAGUUUCACUGUAUCUGCCUACCAGCCCUGAUCCCUUUAAUCAGCAAACAUCACCAUAAUGGGGCCUAGGCGGAAAAAUGUAAAAGUAUGUUCCACAAGCAGGGGAGGACCCAUAUGUGUUAAAACUGCUGAUCUGAAGGACUAUAUGAACCAACUUUCACAUGAAGUGCUUUGUCAUAUUUUCAGGUGGGUUGGAAGAUAAUGUUCUGUUUUUGAUGUUUCAUGUAAUUCACUGUCGUACCUGAGGACAAAGAUCAGAUUAUCCGUUCAAUCCUGAAAGUGAAAUACGCCUUAAAUUUAGCCUUAUCAGAUUAACCUUCUCCCUGUAUAAAGCGGACCAGUUUCUUCAGACUUAUUGCUGAUAUUUUUUUGGAAAUGCUUAUGCACAUGAGCAAUUAGAAAUAAUAAUUUGCAAGAUAUGUUAUGUUGUACCUGUGAUUGGUUGAUGUAGACCAUAUAUCUUUUUACAUUGAUUUAGCAUUAAGGAGCUGCUUUGUGUUUUGUUGCCAGAUGAAAUUGGUCUUUGCCUUUAUAUUGUACCUGCUGUUUAGCUGAAAGGGCUUCCAAAGUCAGUUACAAAUCCGUUAAAAAAGAUGACAGUCCCUGCCCUCCUCAUCCCUUUUUUCCUUUGGUGUUGUGCCUUUUAGAUUAUUACACUUCAGGGCAAGGACAGUCUUAUUUUUUAAUGGAACAGUAAGUGACUGGGAGCCUUUUCAGAUGCACGUGGGAAGGGAAAAAGCAAUCUCUGCCUCUAGUUGUUAAAGUUAAAGUUAUUCUAAUGAGCAUCCUAGUGGAAUGGCUGGUGCUACGUGACAAUUGAGGGAAGCUUUUCUCCACCUAGAGGCUAUUUUGAGUGGCGAAGGACCUAUUAGGAUGGUCCACUCUCAGAAACUGAUCGAGCCAAUGGGUUUCUGGAUGGCUGUGGGUGAUUUUUGAUCCUGUCAGCCCUCUCCUGCUUUGUGGAGCCUCUUUGACUCCCUCAUAUACUCCAGAGCUUAGGGCAAGAAAACAAGCUGGGAGAUGGCUUGAACGCGAGUGGAGGAAAACUCUGGUCAAAUGCAAUUGAACACUGGUGAGGGCUCAUCACUGAGGCUACCUAGUGACAAUGAAGGCUGCCUCCAUCAUGGAGGGCUUUCUUGAUGGUGGCGUCUGCCCUGUAGAACACCCUUCCAACAGUUGUCAAGGAGAUAAGUAACUAUACAACCUUUAGAAGACAUCUGAAGGCAGCCCAGUAUAGGGAAGGGUUUUUUUUAAAAGUUUAAUGUUUUAUUCUGUUUUUAUAUAUGGUGGAAACUGUCCAGAGUGGCUGGGGCAACCCAGUCAGAUGGGCCAGCUACUAUUACUACUACUACUUUUUUAAUUUGUCAGGUGGGUCUCAGUUAGACUGACCAAGGUAGAAUUUCAAGUCCUAAUGUUCAGAAUCAAAAGAGCUAGCCCCCUAAAUCAUGAAAGUUGGAUGUAGCAAUCGCAGAUUGAAAGUAUUGUGAAUGAGAGAUGCUUGCUAUUUGCCUUGCUGUAAGCAUACAGAAAUGCUUAUAGCUCAGCUGGUUAGAGCGUGGUGCUGAUAAUGCUAAGCUUGGAGGUUCGAUCUCCGUAUGGGGCAGCUGCACAUUCCUGCAUUGCAGGGGGUUGGACUAGAUGAUCCUCAAUGUCCUUUCCAGCUCUGUAAUUCUAUGAGAUUUAUUUUGACAAACUUCGACAUUUUAGUCUAAUAAAUCAUCCAAUUUAAUUUUCUGAUGAAGUGAAUGGUAUUAGCCGCAGUUGUAUUAUUUCCACUCAAACUAUGUUGAACUGAGUGCCUUGCCUGUUUGAUAGCCAUACAUUAUUUCUGUUUUAAUACAAUAGUACAGUUUUGAUACAGUUUUAAUACUGUUUUAAUGCAAUAGUACUUGCAUCCAUUGCUGAAUUUAUUAUGUGCUAUGAGUGUGUGUGGAUGUGUAUAGCAGCAUCCAGACUGUCAUUUGUUUUAACAGCAGAGGAAAGAAAGAAACAAACCAUUUGAGAAUUAAUCCUAUCUUUUCUUCUCCCACUCUCCUUCUGAAGGUAUCUUCCCCUGCAGGAUAUCAUGUGCAUGGAAUGCCUCUCUCGGAAGUUAAAGGAAGCAGUCACCCUAUAUUUGAGAGUGGUGAAGGUUGUGGAUCUCUGCGCAGGCCGCUGGUGGGAAUAUAUGCCCACUGGUGAGUGUUGCUCUUAAUCAGGGUAGUGAUGCAUUGCAGUAUAUCUUAUGCUUUUAAAUUAUAGCUUUUACAAGCCAUUGUUUUUAAAAAGCAUUUCAUGGAUUCUAAAUUUCUAUAGCACUUUUUGCAUGCACCAUGGCUUUAUGGAGUAUUUUCUCAGGACCCCUUCCAGUGCUAGCAACUGUUUCUAUUCAUAGGAGUGCAUCCUCAAGCCACUCCUUUGAUAAGAAUUGGAGCAGCAGAAGGACUUUUACCCAUCUUCAGUUCACAAGGAGACAUGGCAGAAGUCCCUCUGAUGCCUUUUUUUGUCAUUCCCUUUUGUGACUUGCAGGUGCACUCUGAUGGACAAUAUGGCAAUAUCAGAUGUGACCCUUCCUUGUUCUCACUACAACCUUAUGCAAGAUGAUGCUAUACCUCCCAUUUUGCAGCUGGGGAACUGGGGCCAAGAGUGAGUGACUUGCCCAAGACUAUCCUUUGAAUUUGCUGGACUGAAUGAUCCCUCUGCCAAAGAUUGUUAGAUAAAGUUAUGGAAUUAAAAAGUUCUGAAAACCCGAAGUUUGCCUCUGUGGCUGUUCUUAUUCCCCCACCCCAUGGUAUUACUUAGUGCCUAUCUAGAACAGGCAUAGGCAAACUCCGGCCCUCCAGAUGUUUGGGACUACAAUUCACAUCAUCAUCAUCAUAAUUUAUUAUUUAUACCCCGCCCAUCUGGAUGGGCCUCCCCAGCCACUCUGGGCGGCUUCCAUAGAAACCAAAAAUACAGUAAAAUAUCACACGUUAAAAACUUCCCUGACCACUGGUCCUGUUAGCUAGGGAUUAUGGGAAUUGUCAUCCCAAACAUCUGGAGGGCUGGAGUUUGCCUAUGGCUGAUCUAGAACAAUUUUUUCCCCAGAUGUUUGUGUACCAAGAUUUCUAGAACUGAGAGAUUAAAAAUGGAGGCCUUCCUCUUUCCUUUGUAUAGGUUUCAUUUUAAAGGAAAUCAUAAUAGCAGUACAAAAUAAGGAGCCACCAAUAAAACAUGCCAAAAAUAUAAAAACACAGUAUCAAGGGGGGGGGGGGGAAAGGGGUAGGUUUAGAGCAAUAUAUGUCACAUUGUAUUCUCCACUGAGGAGGUCAGUAAUGGCAGAUAAGCUUCUCUUAAAUAUCUUGUCUAUUAUUACCAAUCUUCUGCCUUAUGUACCUGUGUGUUUUGGUGUGUUUUUAGUUGAGCACUUGGUUCAAGAAGGGCAACAGUGAGGCACAGGAGGCUCGGCCAUGUCCCAUGUGAACUUUGUGUAUAGCCUAAAAUAUGCACUGAGUCCUCUUUAAGACAGUGCUUUCUGUUGGACAAAUCAGUGAAGAGUUUCUUGAAAACAGAAAAUUAGAAACCACUGACUUAGACAAUGGAAAAUACAAAAGAAGACAUGUUUUCUGCUUGUCAAAAUACUGUAUAGUUGCUAUGAUAUCUCUCAAAAGCCAUUCCUUACAUGAUUUAUAUAAUUAAUAGAUGGCCCUUCAUUUCCUGUUCUAAACCUGCUGAUGGUGAAAUAGCUUACACACCCUCCACCCCAAAUGAUUGUAAAGUACAAUCAGUAUUUAAAAUGCCUAAUAAAAAUUUAGUUGCUGUUUUCUGGAUGCACAUAGAAACAAGAGGAAGAUCAUCUUGAGCCAGGAAGGCUGGGGACAGUUAUAAUAGUCCAAAGCAAGAAAAUAUGGUACCCAACUUUAAAAGGGGAAAUGAGAAUGGCUGAAAGAAUGAAGGGACAGGUGGCCUUGGUUUGUUAGCAGGAAAAAUGAGUCAAACAGUGUAUUAUGAGUACAUGAGCAGUAACAUAAUGUGCUCAAUUACAAAAUGGGGAGGUGGGGAAGCCAACAUAUAUUUGUGCCAAAAGGAUUGUAAAAAAAAAAAAAGUUGACAUAACUUAGUCAAAGCAUUUUAGUCCCCUCUUAUUCUGCAAAUUAAGCAUCUUCAGCUUAUAUCCACAGUGGGAGAAAUGCAUAACUUUAGCUGGAUCAUGUCCAAAUUAGAUUCCACCUUUUUGAGUACUCUUAUUUCUGUCAAAACUUGACUAAUCAACCAUACUCUCUUCUUGUAUGUACUCAAAUUUUUGUUGUUGUCUAAGCAGUGAAGUACUUUUGUAGUUCUCUAGCCUUGCCUUUGAGCUCUAGAAUUUGAGUUCUAGAAUAACAAAAUUAAGUAUAUGGUUCCUCUUUUUUGCGUUUGUACAAAGCAUGGGUGGUGAUGCAUGUGGGGUAAAAUAAAACAAAGAAAGCAACACAAAUCCUUGCUCCAUUAUGUGUGGAUUGUAAACUGCACCAUCCGUCUUCCUUGCAUAUCUAUACUUCUCUUCUUCCUCAGAGAUAAAAUAUGUGUCAUCUUCUCAGGAUUCACAGAUUCCAGCUUCCUUACAUUACUGAAGAAAAUGCCAGACAUUGAGCAGCUAUAUGGGCUUCACCCCAGGCACCUGGACAGGCGCAGAGUUCGUGGUUAUGAAGCUUUCAGCAUUCCAGGAGUUCUAGAAGCCCUGCAAGCUUGCCCAAAUCUACUAGUAGGUGUUGUAUAUUCAAAAUAUAAACAUACAUGUUCAUAUGGCAGUUGCGAUCCUUGAUCAUACUUGUGGGGCGUGAGGGGAUGGAUAUGGUUGUACAAAACAGCAGAUGGUGCUGUAUCUCAUGGAUUUUGUUCAUUUCCAUUCACUUAUAGCUAUUUAUCAUAUUAUUAGCUACAGCAACUGAAUUUUAGAUUCAGCUAUUACUCAGCUGUGCUUUUAAUUAAAUCUUGAAUUCUCUCCUUAAAAUCCAACUGUUGCAAACAGAUGGGCCAGAAAUUAUGUGACUGGAAAAUAGUGUACAAAUAGCUAUUCAUAUGUCUGUGAAUCUACACCAUUUAAUCACUUAUUUUUGUUUGCACGAUAUGUGGAUUAUAUGCAGAACGAAGGGUGGGCCGGGAAGGUCCAAAAACUGAUUACAGGUGACAGAGCAAAUUGGUAGCUUCAGAACUGUCAUGUUAAAAAGGUUUACCUUUCAUCUAUGAGACCUAUGCAUAUUCUACUACAUUAAAAAAAAAUCAGAUUCUCUUGCCUUCUGCAGUAGCUACUGAUUUUGACAUUGGAAAUCAAGGUCUGUUUUCCAUUGUGUAAUUCCACCUAUAUAAAACUUUUGAAGUCUUUUCUUUGAGGGAUUUAUCUGAACUUCAAUACUUAGGCUUAAAAAAAGUUGAAGUAUUCCUUCGAACCUUUUUUGAAGUUUCGAAAUACUUAAUCUAAUUGGAUUAAUUUCUGUUUUUAUAGCACUGAAUUUGUAAAGUUAAUUGAUGUUAAGAUAUUUUAGUUGCAUGUUUUUAUUGUUAGUUGCCUGGAAUUUAUGGAAAGGUAGGUGUAUCAAUCACUAGCAAGUAAAAGUAAACUUUAGAAUUUUAGAUCUAUUGCAGUGUAAGCUAGGCAUGAGUUAUUACAACAUCAUAACUAAGAAAUGCAUGUGUCGAUUGAGUUCGGUUUUUUUUACUGCUGCUUACAUGAAUUGAAAGAGCUCAAAUGUUGAAGAUUAUUCUUACUACUAAUUGUUACUUGAGAGAGAGUGUGUGUGCGAGAGCGCUUAUGCUAAUGAUUGAGAUUUCCCAUCAUUCUAUACUGGGUUUUUUGUUUUUUUGCUUUAGGGAGUUGAAACUUCCCACUUGGAACUGGUAGAAGCCAUUUGGACAUACAUGCCACAAGUUCACAUCCUUGGAAAGUUUCGAAAUCGCAAUGGUGCCUUCCCAAUUCCAGCUGAAAAUAAACUAAAAAUACCAAUAGGAGCUAAAAUUCAGACUUUGCACUUAGUAGGUAAGCAUUGUAGUGAAAUACUUCCAGUGGAUACAUCAUGACUGAAAAGCUGUGAAAUCAGAAAGUGCACUUAUUUCACUUGUGCUGAAUUCUCAGCUUGAACACUGUUUCAUUUGCAGACUAAAGUACUAGUCUGCAGGUAUUGCUUGCACACACCCCUACAAAAAUUAAGCCUUUAAGUGUUUGUCCUUGAAGUGUCUGCUUUUUGGACCUGACAUACUGCUUUGUUUCUUGUAUUUUAGGAGUUAAUGUACCUGACAUUCCUUGCAUCCCAAUGCUGAGGCACCUGUACCUGAAGUGGGUGAGGCUCACCAAACCACAGCCUUUUAAAGAUUUCCUUUGCAUCAGUUUACGCACUUUUGUCAUGAGAAAUUGUGCAGGUAAAAGAGCACGAGGUCCCUUUCUCGAAUUUAUAUUGGGAGGGGAGGGUAUGCUUCUCAUUUACUAACAGUGAAUGUGGAUCUGUGUUCAAAGUAAGUUUGAAUAAGGAAAUAGCAAAUAACUUGCUUAACAACCAAAUGACUAUUUAGUCAGUUUAACAUUGUGAGAAUUGAACUACGUCUUUGCUGGCAAUUUUAUCUAAUAUGUUUUCCAGGUGCGUUGUUGCUUUCAACAUGGAACUUCCUAUAGUGCUUCUGUAGCAAUACAGAACUAUAGCUCUGUAAAUCUGUUCAUAUGGGCAUUUUCUGCUGACUACUGGAAUAUUUCUGUCUUUUGUCUUUUGUAGGACCCACAAACUCGUUGAAGUAUGUCCCCUUGGUCACAGGAUUGGCUUCUGCCCGAAAUCUGGAACAUCUAGAAUUAGUUCGAGUUCCCUUCCUCGGGGGUCUUAUUCAGCAUGUUGUAGAAGACAGCUGGAGAUCUGGUAUGCAGUCUCUUACUUGCAAUACAAAAUUUGUUCUUUGAAACCAACUACUGACAGUAUUUACUUUUCUAAGACUUUGUGGUGGUGUUGUGUGAAAGCAAGUGAAGGUAAUAGGUAAAUUUAGAUAUUUCUCUUUAAAGUUUAAACCAAUAAUUGGAUUUCACGAUGCUGAAUACUCUGCCUUAGACUACAUGGGAGACUAAGAACUUGUUCACUCAUGGUCCCAGCAUGUACAUUCACCAUGCUGUAGGUGAUGCUAGCCUUAGCUUGUUCACAAACACACCAUUUUCUGUGAACCAGAGCCUCCAUUGAUAUUCAGCUAGAUUCUUCUCAUGCAAUCUAUCCAUUGUGAAAAGAAGCAUUGUGGGUGUCAAAUGUCUGCUGUAUUUGAAAGUGCUGUAACAGGGCUUUAUUGUUGAGAUAUUAAGCAUGCUAGAAAAGGCAGUGGGGAAGUCUUUCUUCACACCAGUGAAUGGCCUGUGGAGGUUGCAGACAACACAUUUGCUGCCAUUUAAUUAAUUGCUGUUGGGAGAAAAAUUAUAUACUUGCCAACAUUUGAGAAUUGGUGUCCUUUUUUAUUCCAUGUAUACAGCUCAGAAAUAUACUAACAGCUGCUUCCCAAUCUGUGCAUCCAUGAUAAAAAGAGACACAUCAUUCCAUUCAGAUAUUGCAGAGCACACGGGUUUUUUUUUUGGAUACUGACUUGUAUCUAGCUAAGUCAUACUCAGUGUAACCCUACUGAAAUCAAUGGAUUUAAGUUAUUCAGGUCCAGCUAUUUCAGCUGGUCUAUUGUGAGUGUGUUGUAAUUGGGUACAAGCAUUGAGAUUGGUGUAUGCUCAAUAAAUAGUAAUGUGCUGAAGCAAAUUUAAGUUUGUUUCUUUAGUCAGACUAUCCUUUAUAGACAAGGAUUGGUGGAGCCUAUAUUGAGAUGAAACUGUAGAGUUUUGCUGUUGUUUUUCCAAGACACUGUGUACAUAAUUAUUCCAGGGAGGCUUCGUAUUGAUACUCAAAUAUAGUGAAUCCCUCUUAUCUAUCAACAGGGGGCUUUAGAAAUUUGCACACUAUAGUUCUGGGAGCCUGCAAGAAUGCUCUGGAAGUGGACCUUGGCUACCUCAUCAUAACUGCUGCACGAAGGUACUUGAAUCAUUUCAGCAGUCUUUCUCCUUUUAAUUUUAUUUGCCAGUGAGUCACCAUUAUGUUUAUACACAAAAGUUAUAUUAAUAGACCUUUGCAUACUGAUGUUAGUGAAUUCUGUGCACUGCUUUUAAUUCUGCAAUGCCUUAUUUUUCAUCAUAGCGUAUUUUUAAAAAUCCUCACAAUAUUGCACUGGCUGCCCAUUUGUUGAUGAGCCAGAUUCAAGGUGCUAAUAAUGACUUAUAAAGCCGUAAGCAAUUUGGGAUCUAAAUAUUUGAAGAUGUGUCUCCUUCCAUAUCAACUCGCCUGUGGGCUUGGAUCAGCUAAGGAGGCUGUUUUGGUUGCUCUGCAGCUAAUGGAAAUCUGUUGUGCAACAACCAAGGGAAGGGCCUUCUCUGCCAUGAUGCCUUAAGUAUGGAAUGCCCUCCUCUUAGACCUGUGACUGACAACUGGCCCUUAUGAGUUUUCAGUGCUAGCUAUGGACCCAUUGAUUUGAUCAGGAUUUUAUUAAGAUAUUAAUUUUUGUAAGGGAUGUGGUAUUGGUGUUGCUUUUGCUGCUAUUUUAUCUGCUCCUUGCUUUUUAAAAAAUGAUUGACGAUUGUGGUUUUAAGCCUAUUUUAUGGUAUACAGCCUGAGAUUGCUCUCACAGUGAUAGGCAUAUUCUUCUUGCAAGUUACAAACAAUAGAAGAAUUGUCUCCUAUGUGAAUGUGCAUAUUCUGUGCCAGGAAAUAUUUGUUAGUCUACACUAACAUUUUGUUACAUUUCUCAUUUUGUUUCAUCUCUUUUCAGGUUGCACGAAGUACGAAUCCAGCCUUCCCUAACCAAAGAUGGAGUAUUCUCUGCACUAAAAAUGGCAGAAUUGGAGUUUCCACAAUUUGAAACACUACAUCUUGGAUACGUUGAUGAGUUUUUGCUGCAGUGUAUGAAAUCCUUCAAUUUUCCUUUGGGUUAUCUGUCAGAUGUUAGGGUAGAUCUGGAUGUUAUCUGCCUAGAUCGGGGAUGAGCUAACCUUUCAACUUCCAGAUGUGAGUUGUAGUCCAACAGCAUCAUGUCUGAUUAUUGGCCAUGCUGAUGGGAGGCCAAUAAAUCUGGAGGGCUACAGGUUCCCAUCCCUGGUCUAUAUGCUUCUAAUCUUAGAGAGGCCAGCUGCUGUAUGAUGCAUCCUUGUGUAAUGCAUGAGCAGCCUCUAGUUCCCUGUUGAUGCUUUUCCAUGAUAACACCUGCAGAUGUCUUACACAGACUAAAAUAGCUUGUGCAAAUAUGGACAUGUGGGCAUUGGAUUUUGUGGUGUCAUCUGUUGGUGGUAUGGAAACAAUCCACAUUCUUCAGAAUUCCCAUGUGGUGUGGAGUCAGUAGUGCAUGAAAACGCUACAAUAGUGACGUGCACUAUUUUGAGUCCAAAUUGGAAGGCAGCUCUUUUUGCUAUCCCUUCCUCCUUUUCUUUCUGCCUAUUGCAUAUGAACUGUCCCUCUUUCCAGAAGAGAAGUGAAUAAGUGUGCAAGUGCAGAGGAAAUAAUCACAGCAUGUGUUGGCAUUUCCCCAGCCAUAGAAAUACAGGGGAGGAUUGUGGCUCCUGCCUCAGGGCUGCUGCUCUUUCUGAUUUGCCAGGAGACAGGGACAAACAUUUUUGACCAGUGCUAGUCUAGGGACUGGCACAAGCAAGACUUCAGGAGCAGGAAGGGACGUGUAUUUGCCACUUGCCUGCUCACUUGACAUUCAUCCCAGGCAAGCAGCAAAUGUAAAUAUCCUAAGUCUCUGGAGAUGUUUUAUAUGGAUAGAUGUGAUGGGAGGUCGGUUGGAAUGUCAUUAUUACUUCAUACCUGCUCUCUUGUGUACCCAGCCCUGCGAUUUGUACCCUUAUGGGGGGGACACAACUAGACAUACUGAUUCCUUAUAAAGCAAGGGGCAGGGAGAUUGCAUUGGCAGUUCUGAUGGAUAAGGUUUUUAGUUUAAAACAAGUGAAAGGCAAUAUAAAGACCGUAUCUUUUAUAGACCAAUGAUGGUUGAAAUUGCAACCUUUUGAAGCACUUUGAUUUUUAAAGGCUUCACUUUACCUUCUUUACUGUUCCCAUUGUUUGGUCCAGCAGAUAAACUCAAGCGCUCAUUCAGUGCCCAGACUGAAUUGCUGUAGAGAAUUAUGGAAAGAGCAAGUUGCUAUUUUUUUCUGUUCUCUUCCCCCUGACCCCAGGUAAAAUGAUUAAUGCGGACCUCGUGAAAUAUGGCUUGGCUGACGUGGUUGAAAAUCCAGGCAUCAUCACAGACAUUGGAAUGAAAGCGGUGAAUGAAGUGUUCUCUUCCAUUAAAUACCUUGUUAUAUACAACUGUCCUCAUCUGCACAAUCCAAGCAGUUGGAUCACAGGUACCGUGUGCACAAGAACAUAUCUGGUUAAGGGGUUAAAGCACUUUAGCAAACGAAAUGCAGCCCCACUUAAUUAAAUUGACCACUGCUAGUGAUUAUUACACUUCUCGGAUAGACACCUUUAAGUUCCAGUAUGACUUCAGAGUUUAAGCAGGUGGCAACCAGAGAUGGGGCCUUAACUGUGUUACACUAACUAUGUAUACCCUUUCCUGUGAUGUUUUGUUUGACACCAUCUCUCUUGGCUUUUGAUGAAAAUUCAGAGUGGUUUUAUUUAUUUUUUUGAGCUUUUGGUAAGCAAAUUUGAAUAUUCUUUCAGAGAUUUGCUGCUGCUUUUUUUAAAAAAAAAAAACUUUUUUGAAGUUCCUUGGUAUCAUACACUGUUAAAUUCACACGUACAAGUACAAAGAAAGAAAAAUAAUCUUAAAUAAAUUUAACGUGAAAGAUUAAUUUAGACUUAAACGUUCUCUUUCCUCAUAAAUUCUAACUAAACUAAAAUAGAAUACGAUAACAUAGAAUAACAUAAAAUAAAAUAAAGUAAACUUCCUAUCAUUUCACGAUAUAAUUUACAUUUAUAAUAGUGAAUGUACUUAUGAUUAUUUCCUUCAUCUUAAUAUAUUUUCUAAUACUUGCUUACAACAUAUCGUACCCUUUCCCCUUAUUUCUCAAUGUUUUAUAUUCACAAGGGUCAUUCAAACGGUGCCAUAGAUAGUAUAUCACUGUUAUUUUUUUGUAGAUAUCUCUUGAACAUAUCCCAUUCUUCCGCUUUUAAUUGGCUGCAUACUAGAUGCCUUGAUCUUGUUUUGGUGAUGAUGAUGAUGAUUUGAUAAAUUGUAUUUGGGUUUGUUGAGGUAAAAAGGCAGAGUGCCACCAUUAUAAAGGAAUCCGUACUUCCUGGCUAUUCUAAUACGUUCACAUGCUAUGGGGGUUCUCCAUCUACUCCACCUACAAGCCACCAGGAAUUGUGUACCCUGAAACUUUUGAGAUCCCUAGAAGUAAUCAAUAGAAGGGGGAAUGCCACUUUGCGAUUGACUAAAAUUUCAAGUUUAGCCAGCAGAUUUUAAUGGGUGGGAUCCAUUAAAAUUUAUUUUGUUCAUAGAGUGAAAGUUGGGCUCAUAAAGGGGACCAUUCAUCAACAGAAGCUCCUACCAGAAUGAUUCAUCCCAUUAAAACCUACUGAUUAAAUGAAAUCUUGGACAGUCAACAAAAUUAUUUCCUUUCCCUAUUUUAUUUCCCUUCUAAGAGCUAAUUGAUUGUGUGCUACACAACUCCAGUCUCUAAGAAAUGGAGUUCAGUUCUUGUUUUUCCAAAAUUAAGAGAAUACAUUUUCAAUUAGGAAGCUAAAUUCUUUUGGGCCAUAGUGACAGUCUUAGCAACCAACUGCAAAAGGCUAGAUUUAUUAGUCACUUGUUUUUUGCCAUUCUGAGUAGGCAAAGGACCUCAGUUAAGAGUGGAUGCAUCAGAAUAACCAGGAAGUAUACCUUUUUUAGAAUGGUGACGAUUCUAAAUUGAAACUUAGAACUUUAAGUGGGGAAUAGUUAAGCAGAUUUUAGGUAAGAAAUCUGUUAAUUAAGUUCAUUUAUUUCGCUCACUCUCCCCACUCUGCAAUAGAUCAUUCAAGAUGGACUCGGCUGUUUGAUCUCACCUUGGUGAGAUGCCAUGCAAUAAAACUAGACUCAUUUAGUCAGUUUAUUGAAUUACUGCCAAGCCUGGAGUUUAUCUCUCUGGACCAGAUGUUCCGGGAACCUCCCAAGGUAAGGUGUUUGGGUUUUUUAAAGUGUACUUUGCUGUGUGCUUCAAAUGUCUUUAGGAUAUGUGAAAUAUACCAGACUUUUGGUAUGUAUUUUUAAAACUUCUAAUUAAAAAGUACUUCAGGUAACUGUUUUUAAACAUUCAAACCAUGGUUCAGUGACCAUAUUAGGAAAGCAGUAACAUGAAAAUGAAAACAAGUUCAGUACUGCAAAUUAUAGUAGUAUAAUUACUACUAUAAUUACUACUUACACUGUAAUUAGUAUAAAUACUGCAAAUUAUAAUAAGCAAGAAGCUUGUUACAAGAAUGUCUGAAUUACGUCUACAUCGCUGCAACGAUCUCAUUUUGCUGGAAUUCUUGCUGAUCUUUAUAUUUUGCAUUCCCCCUUUCUUUUCAUUUCAUGCUUAAGAAAAUUACAUUCAUUAUGUCAUGGAAUCUCUUACUUUGCCCAAGAUUGAACAAUACAGGAAGACUAUCAAAACCAGAGAGCCAUGACUAGUUUGCAUAUUUCACUACAUAUAUUCUGAAGCAAUGUAUCACACUUCUGUGAAUCUGUCUGCCUUGAUGGAGAGGGAUUAUGUAAAAGCUGAGACAGGCUGAAAUAAUAGCAUAUGUUUGGGAAGCCUACAGCCUCUCACCCAGGAAAAAGCACCCCCCCACACACACACCUGUCCCUUCCUCCCUAGGGACUGCAUAUGGUACAGCACUGCUGUCUUCUACUUUAGAAAGACAGCUGUACCUCUGUAUCAUCAGAAGCUGCUAUUCCAGUUCCUACCCUUAUCUCAGGCUUGCUUGCUUAGCAACCAAUUUGCACCAGACUAGGGAAAGAUGCAGAUACUUCUCUGCUUGACAUGGUGAGAAAUCAAGGGUUAAAAAUAAAUGUGAGAACCUGCACAAGCGACGCUGACACAAAACCCCACACAUACAUGAAGUAAAAUAGAAACAUUGCCACCCGAUCCCACCCCCACUCACCACUCCCCUUCUACCUCUACCUCUUUCCCCCCUUUCUUCCUAAUGUAACACUAAUGUCUCAGCAAACGAAACUGAUCUAUAGAAAAUGUAACUUGAAAAAAGAGACAUUGCACAUACUUUUGUAAACCAAGAAAUCUUUAAUAAAAAUACAUUUAAAAAAAGCAAAAAUAAAAUAAAAUAAAUGUGAGCAGUGACGAGUGUGGCUUUUGUCUUGAAAUGUAAAUGAAGAAAUAUAAAUGAGCAACAGCAAGGGAUUUGGGGAAGUAGAGUGAGAGAUGAAGGCCCCAAAGGACGGAGAAGGAAAGGAAGCAGAAGGCAAGGCAAAGCCAACCACAGAGGAAAGUUAUAGCCACCACUCAUGAAAUUUUAUUCACUUGCUGUGCAGUCAUGUGCAUGUUUACUCAGAAGUCCACUACAUUAAUGUUGCUUACUGUUCAGUAAGUAGGGUUGCAUCCUUAGCUACAAACCAACUUCAUAUCCCCUCUUACAUUUUCCCACAAUUAUGUAUUCUCCUCCAUAAAUAGAAUAAAUUUACGCAAUAGAUUUCUGCAAAAGCAUGUUGUGCUUCCUUGUCUUAAUAGUGUGAUGACUCACAACACCUUCCUAAUGUUACUUGUAGUGUUCUGUCUCUUCAUAUUGAACCAACUGGUAACCAGAAAGGUAGCAUUGUAUAGCUCACAGUAUCAUGAUUGACUUGUACAUCACAACCUUGUUGGUUUGGCUCAUGGGAAGUGUUCACUUGUCUCAGGGCAGGAGGUUUGAAAUGGCCGUGCAGAGGUUAAGAGCAGUUGGCAACGUGGAAUUGCUUGCUUCAAAUCUCUUUGUUUAAGAAGCAGUACACUGUGGUCUAUGUAUCAUGGAAGAUAUCGCUGAUUUCAAACUGUGUUUUGUUUUGGAGCCUCUUGCCAGUUGCUGUCAACAAUUUUUACUGCAUUUCAGGGUUGUGCUCGUGUAGGUCUUAGUGCAGGCACUGGGAUUGGUGUGUCCUCUGCUUUGGUCAGCAAUCAGAACUCCAACAAUGAAAACGACAACAAUAAUAAUCACCAGAACAAUAAUGCCAAUAUACACCAUAACAACCACCAGCAACCAAAUGACCAGAACGAGGAGAACGAGCUGCGACAGGAGGAGCAGGUGGAAGAACAGCAGAUUGCAGCAGAAGGUAAUUCAGGAAACAGUUUUAUUUGUUUGUUUUUAGUACUGGACCAGUAAAUUGGUCGGCGUCCAUCUGUCUUGGGAGGGCGCCUUUGGGGGUGAAGUCAAACCACUGGAGAGUUACAGUGCCUGCUGUGGCUGCAGAGACCAAUAUGGGAGUCAUGUUUUCUUUCAGAUGAAGGCAUCUGCUUGUGCUCAUGCAAGUGUACCAUGGCAUUUCUUCUUUCUGCACUGCUCCCAGCAGUCAUUUCCCCUUUGGUCACUGCUUUGGAUACCUGACCUGAUUGUCUCCAGGCGCUGCAGACUAUUAUUGGUUUAUUGACCAAUAAAGCACACAUUAACACCUCCAAUUGAUAUUCAAGCCAUUAAUGUUCACAAUUGUAUUUCCUAAGCGUCUGAGCAAUGCCUAGCACUUACAUAAAAUGCUAUAAAGCUGUUCAUUUUGAUUUGGCAUUAAUAACACUUUUCUCAUUUCUCGUUAAUAUAUAAUGUUGCCACAGCAGGAGGACUUAAAACCAGUUAAUGGUAUUUUCUUCCUAUUUAACAGCUCUAAAGUGACUUAAUGCUCCUGGCAUAACAACCACCAUAAAUAUUAUACAGUUAAAUUAGUAGUUUCAGUUUUCAUUCAUCAGUUUAAAUUCACUUUCUUCUUUUGGCAUGAAGCCCCCCAUUUUCUGUCUGAGAAUGAUUUCUGUAAAGGGCAGAGUCCUCAUUGAAAGCUACAAUAUAGAAAUGGAUCUAAAUACCUUUCAGAUUAGUGAAGAUCUGCCUUGUUAAGUUUCCCGGGCAAAGACAGAUGCUCCUGCAUAGUCGCAGUGCUUUGGAAACUUCCUAAGAUUGUCGUGCAAUUAUGUGUGACUAGCUUCUGCCUCCUUAAUAAAGAGUGGUGUCUUCAUCCUCCUUAUCUCAGUCAUUCUUAUCUCUCUCUGCAGCACUGAAUGAAAUGGAGGAGGUAGCACAGGAAGAUGGAGUGGCUAUGGCAGAGAGCCGCAGUGAAGCCUCUGCAACUAAUCAGGCACUUCUUCCCAUGGAAGUUGAUGAAGAACAAGCAGGUAACUUGUCAGGAUCUCUCCCACCCAUUUGCAGGCUUCAUUGACUUACUACAAAAAAAAGUUUGUUUGCUUGUUGCUUAGAGAUAUCAAUAGCAUUUAUUUUAGAAUUAAUAAUGCAAACUAUUUAAGAACUGUGAAGUCAGUGAACUUGAAUAAUUCUAUAGCUUAAAAUUAACCACGGUAUUUAGCAUUUAUAGUCAUUUAUCGGAUGCAAAAAGUGUUUCGUACACAUCAUCUCAGAAAGCUUGAGCACACUUCCGCUAGGUAAGCCACUAUUAUUACCUCCAUAUUGCAGAUAUAGGGGCCAAUACUGAUUUACCUAAGGCCAAAUAAUCAAGGCAAGAUUUGAACUAUGGAUUUGCAAGCUCCAACUAGCUCUACUCUGACUGCCAAGACAUCCUCUGUUGAUUGUUAAGUUUUCAAUGCAGGUGACUGGGGUUCUUGCAUGUAUUACCUGACAGGUAUACUUUUGUGUAAUUAAUAACUUGUGAGGUGUUUAAGAUGAUCAUAUGCUGUGUCUUGAGUUGCCUUGAUUGCACGUGGUCUCAUGGCCAGUGUUCCUCUCUUUGCAACCUUUUAAUAGCAUCAUAGAGAGGGGAGCCCCCAAUAGGAGAAGCUGAAUUGGUAUUAGCAAAUUUUACUAAUCACCCAAGCAGCUUGUUCUCAGUCACUUGUUUUACAGCACAUUAGAUAUCUUUGUACACAGGAUCAAAGUUGACUUGAUGUGGGAGACUUGCGGCAUGUCGCCAAACAGUUUCUGUUUUCAACUCAUGCGUUUAAUUAGGGCGGGGGGAGCGGCUCAUUCUCUUCCAUCUAGGCUGUUUACUGAAUCAGAAUUGCCCCUCCACCGUGUCAGUAGCUGUUUUUCCUUCAGGGCCAAACUGAUGAUGACCUAGUAUGGUUUCCCCUGCAGGGGGAAAAGUAGCCAGAAGGGGGCAGGGUUUUGAUCACGGUAAUAUCCUGUGAAUAAAGUGUUAAGCAGUGCUUCCUGUGCUUCAGUCUGAUUUGGAGCUCUUCACAGAUGCAUUAAAGUCAAACCAAGAAUAGUUGUGAAACAGUUUGUAUGCUUCCAUGCUGCUUCUGGUUUGGCCCUGAAAGUCUCUAAGAUGUUGUGUGGUUAAUUUCUUGUUCUUAAAAAGUUCCAUUUGCAGUGUGCGUUUUAAUCAUAAGCAGCUAUAUUUGCUAGGUAGGAAAAUGUCAGUUUGAUCCCACAGUAGGCCAUGGGCUUACUUCCACCCAGUGCUUCUCUGUUCGGUAAAUGCUAAGGGGAUAUAAAUGAGAUUGGGUACCUCAUUUGUUUGCCGUUCUCUUACAAAUUCAUCCUUACUUUAAUUCGCUAACCUGCUUUUUCUCAAGAAGUUGGAGAUGGUUCCAUUUUGCUGCCCAAUAUCAACAGUGCGGAAAUUAGUAUCACCAGCUUCAGAGCUACCUCUUCAUACAUCACCACACUGUAAAUAUUUCCCAGAUCUAUUUCCAGUUUAGGGAAUAAGAAAUUCUAAAACUGAGUUCUUGCCAUCAUCCUGAUGUUUGUACAGCUAGAUAAAAUUCAGCGUUUGAGCACACAGUUGUGUGCGUGCUUCAAAUUGCUUCAGUUUUGAUUCAGGCUGUGUCCAGAUCCUUCUCCUUUGCUUCAUUUUGUUACAUAUAAUUUCUCCUCAGUUUUUACCUUUGAUCUACAUAAUUCUCCCCCCCCCCCCCCCCCCCGCUUCUUGAGGGCCCUAUGCUGUACAGAGAUGCCUGUACACAUGUGGCGCCUUAACCAAGGAGAGGUGGUUGUUUUUCACCCUUAGAGAAGUCUUGAAGCCCAUCUCUAAUUGUAAACAUCUUUGCUGCUGUGAGAUACCUUGUGGCUUUAAUUUUUCUUUGCUUUUUCCAUGUUUGUGCAAGAAACAAUAAGCACGUAGGGCAAUAGCCAACAUUGAAUGGCCCUUCUGCCACCCACACAUACAAAUAUUCAUCUGCUCCUGAGGGUCUUCUAACUUUCUGGAGCAGAUUUAGAGGGGGAGUGUAGAAGGAUUGCAGGGGGCAGGGAAUUUUUUUGUCAAUUGUGUCAAUUUGGCUGGCGGAUGUACUGUUGGAUUUCAUCCCUAAUCUCAGUACAGUGCCUGCAAUUUAUAAAGCACAUUGUGCUUUCUAAUUGCAGUGCAGAUUGGUGGAUUGUGAGGUGGGCUGAUCAAAUUGGUGGGGAAGGGGUUAAUAAAGUAAGAGGAGAAGAUCACAGCGUAACACUAAGAAUAACUCCAGAUCCAAACACAAUGCAGUGUGAGGAGAACCUGAGCUUACAGGGUUAAACAGCUCAGAGUGUACGCCCUGCCUACUAUUUGGGAGGGGGGAGAUUCUGUGUCAUAUCCGAGAGUCUCCAGCCUUUGUUCUUUUUUCUCUACUUUCGCUUUUGAGGAGAGUGGACGUGUUUUCACAAUGCUGUUUGACAAUGGAUAGUUUCUGCUUAAAUAAAACUGCUUUUAGCUGCUAAGAUCCUGUCUGGACUUUAUUUAAGCACACUGAAGAAUGCACUGAAGUUUGCAGCUUUCUCUUACCGCUGCUGAUCUCUGCGUUUGCUCAGAGCAUUGGAAUGUGGAGUUUGAAGUGCGGAGGCCUGGCCGGUAGCUGCGCAGCCGAAGCGGGCUGGACGCCAGGACUUAUCUGAGCAAUAAAUCUUCUUCAUGCAGUACAUGUUGUGUUUUGUUCGUUCUUUUCUACUGUGUUGUGCGUUGUUGGUGUUUGAGGGGAACUGUGAAGAGAGACCUAGCCAGGUGUAUGAGUGCAGAAGGUCCUUAGGUAUGCCAACUAACCAUGUAAAAACCAACUACUUUGUAUGCAUGUUUUGAAGGAGUAAGUUGCUUAGUCAGGUGAAUUAAAGCACCCUGAUCUCUGGAAAGCAUGCUAGUUGGUUGCUGAACUUUCUUUUCUUUUCCAGGGCCCAGUGGCCUUCAGCCAAAUGUAAAGCUAGCACCUAUUACUGUCCACGACUCAGACAGUGAAGAUGAGGAUGAGAAUACAGCCACCUCAAGAUCCUGUAUUACAAAUAGCAUUGCACAAAAUUACUCAGAUGGAGAGGAGAGAGUCAGAGAUUCAGUGGAAAUCCGGGAGCCCUCAGGUGAGAAUUUUUGCUUCUUCAUACAUGUCGUAAAAAUAUUCCUUAUUGUGUUACAAAGCACAAAAUGCAGAAAUAAGUUUUCUGUGGAAUGUGGUUCGCAGUGGUUGUGGUCCAGCUUUAGAAAGAUAGAUAGAUUUCCCUCAUGUCCAUUUCUGUUGUUCUUUCCAUAUUUCUGCAGAUCAGCUGCAAGAGUGAUGCCUUCUUACAUGACAGUGGUGGUGUAGUUGCCACCAAAACCACUUGUGUGAGGUAGCUCUGCUGAAACUGAAAUAGGCUACUUGGUAUUCAUGGUCCCUUUGAUCACAGUUAUUGGGUGGUUUCCAUCAACUGGAUUGCGGUUCAGUUUGUACUUCCAAAUUGUACAACAGUUUGAUUCUGGUUUGUGUUCUGUGGUUGGACUAUACCGCAGUCCCCCAAGUUCAUAUAUAAUGAGGAAUUGAAUUCUAAAGUGAAUUGUAAUCCUUUUUGCAUGUAGGCUCGUUCAGAAUUGACUGAACGACUUCAAAGGCUUUGGAUGAAAACUUCCACAUGCUUUGCUAAGAUUCGACAGGCUAAGCAUCUGUAAUCUAUUUCUCUAGCAGAUUCCUGAGGGAUUUGAUCCCAGUUACCUUUAUUUCUUCACGGCUUGUGUCUUUCUUGCACAGCCUCCCUGCAACCUAAAGUGGGGACAAAGCACAUCAGCAAAAUAUGAGGCAGGAGGCCAGGAUACUGUAGACAUUUUACUGUUCCACAAGCCGUACCUUCUGGUUAAAAAGUAUGCCAAUGUAAACUUGAGGGGUAAGUGCAUCAGGGGUGGGUGGGGGCGCUAUCAACAUAUCUUUUGAACAACUUAGUCCAGGAAGAAAGGAAAUUAUUUGAAAACUAAGAUUCUCAUAAAUAAAUGGCAGGGCUGUAAAUGUUCCUUGUUAACUAGGUAGCUACCGUAAGAAGAAAUUAGGUGCAACAACUAAUUUGAGCCUGUUGAGCAGCUUGACUGUGUGCAGUACAGUGGGUCAGAUUCAACUAAGUAGUGCCACCGGUGGAAGUGUGCACAAGGACUUCCGCUAGCACAAAAGACUUCCCCAUUCCUCCCACCCUGCCUCCAGUUAGCCCUGGGCAGGGAAGGAACCCCCAGAACUAUAGGCAGGGGGAGAAGAGGGCAGAUCACUCCAUCAGACAAGUAGAAAUGCUUGUGCUGACAGAGCAGUCUGCUUAGUGCUACGUUGAAUUCCUCCCAGUAUGUUUAAACAUACUGAUUCAAGGCGUGAACCUCUAGUAAGUGAAGUAACUCAACAUAUCUGCACAAUAUCUUUUCCUGCUUGGAAUAACAUUGCAACAGUCGCAGCAGGUGUCUCGCCAGGUUGUCUGGGGUGUGUUGAUAACUAACAGGGUGCGUUUCCAUGACUUUCUAUCACAUCGUAGCUCUCUUCCCUUUUGUCCCUGUUGUUGUUGCAGUGAGCGGUAAAGGCAAAGCUCCGCUGCGGAAGAGGUGCAAUGCCAGCCGGGUGAAACUGUUUCUUUCUGAGGAGAGCAGCUGCGAGAAAGGCUGUCAGGUCACCAGUGAGCAAAUUAAAGCGGAUAUGAAAGCGGCCAGUGACGUGACAGCGGAAAGGAACAAAAGCAAGGAUUGUUACCCUGGUUGUGGUGGCGGCACUGGGCCUCCGGGGGCCUCGGACACUGCAGCGUCUCCAAGCCCAGAUGGUAUGAAAACGGCUGAUAGCGGCAGCGACACUCCCUCCGCAGCAACAGAGGACUCUGGGAAGUGUCUCUGCAAGAGUGAAAGCUCCAGCGAGAGGGACAGUGAGGAGAAGCCAUUGUGCUCCAGGUGUUCCUGCUAUAUGCCCCAGAACCAGCAAAGGAGGACUAAUGGCGUCUCGGGUGGCGAAUGCCCAUCUACCAGUGGAGCUUGUGGUAUGAAUGGGCCAAAUGUGAGAGGGGCGGAAUUCUCCCUAAGAACAUUACCAAACUGUGGCUCUUCAGGAGAGGCCAGCAAUGGGAGGACUAAUGAGAGAGUCUGUGGGACUGCUAAUGAGGAACGGAGCCCUCCUUCACAGCAAGGGAGAUACGAAAUGGAAUAUAAUGAAGAUUACCCUCGCAGGCCUCUCACGAGAGCCAGAAGCAGACUUUCCCAUGUGCCUCUGGUGUCUCAGUCAGGUAUGGUUUCAUUUAUCCAAGUUUUGCAUCAAAGCAGUGCAUUAUUGUCAAAGAAGGGCGAGGACCAGCCACAUUGUCGUAAUGUCAGAGCAGAAAUGCCAUUUACUCUCUGUUGUUCUUGUGUUGGUUUGUUUUGGGUGUUGAUAAUUGAGUACUGGCUCUUUGAGAGAGUUUUUUUUUUGUGGGGGGAGAUUCCUUGAAAUACAAAUACUUAUAAACUGAUUUGAAGCCUGCUUUCAAAAUGAAAACAUAAGCUUACUGAUAGCUACUUGGUGAAUAUUGACUGGAUUCUGUGAUCACAUAAGCCUUUGAAACUUCUCACCACACCUAAAUCAUAUUGUUUCUGGUAUAUGUUUUUUCAAAGCGUAGAGCAGUUCUAUGCUGGGUGCAGCCAUCUUAGGUGAUGGCCCAUCCAGGCUCUGGGAUGCAGAACAAGCCCAAGUCUUCCUUCCAGUUCUUGAGCUGGAGACUGGGAGCAUUGCUGAGUGUAAGCAGAGAGCAAAAAGAAACUUCUGGCUCGGAACUGCAUUAGAUCGGUGCAGAUGCCACAUUUAUAGCUGCUUUCAGGAAGUUUUUAUGAAUACCUUCCAGUUAGGAGUUAUUUCCAGGAAUCGGGGCUUAACUGGUAUUUCACCCAUGAGAGGAAGCAACCUUCUGCUGAGGCUUUGUUUGGCACAUUAAUGGUAGGUUCAGCAGACUUGUUACCCAGCUCCCAUUACAAAAAUAUAUAUUUACAUAAAACAUGGUUAAAAUAAUUGCAAGAAAUUUAGGAACAUAUUUAAUGAGAGCAGUGCAAAAGUCAUAUAUUCUAGAACAGUUUUAUAAAAAAAUAAUAAUUACUUCUCUCUCUAUUCCAUUUAUCCUAUAAUCACAAGGUAAUAUAACUCCAAGCAAAAUUAAAUCAAAAGGAUCUCUAUUCCUUAACCUGAUUAAAGGCAGGACUGAUUCAGACUCGCUCCUAAAUGUGUGCUUGUCAAAAACCCGUUAGAUUCCAGGAAAUCAUUCAUUUUCAGUCGUUCCUAUCAGAAGAGACAUUUUUCUUGCUGCAUACUUGUUCUCAGAGCAGUUUCCCUUAAACAUAGCAAGACCAGAUAAUGACUUCCAGUUCAAGGUGAUUCUUUCCAGUUUGGGAGAUCAUCAACUAAGGUCAGAGUCUUUCACCCAGAAAGACUCUUUCGCAAGACACCAGUCGAGUGAUGCUAUCAAUCAGAUUGGCUCAGAGGAUGGCUCCCGCUGUGACAUAGGCAUGGUUGCUUUUUCUCUGCGCCUGUUGAGGAGGUGGAGCUUCAGCCACCCAGCAGGCAGAGACUGAUCUGGAAGGGCAUAGAGAAAGCUUGUCCCUUAGAGCUGCCCUGAGGUUCCAGCUACCUGGUAGAGGCCGAGACAAGCUUUUGUUGCUCCAUACAGCUCGUGAGUAGAAGAGGAAUGGCGGAAGGUACGUUGUCAUGACCCAGCAGGCAAAAAGGCAGGGAAAGCUAACACACUUCCACUACCCAUCACCAGCUUUGGUUUGUGCCAGAUCUCAUGCUACUUUUCAGAGAUGCAGCUUACGUUUGGGAGCAAGAUGCUGCCCCUUAGGGUGUCCAUGUGGCCUCAAAUUGUAACUUGUUGGCCCUGGUCAUAUUGAUGUUCAUGUGUGUGCAAAGCAGUUGGGAAGAUCAUGUUGCAUUUCUGCUUCUGCUCACUGCAGCAAUAGGCCUACAUUCAUCCCAAGUUAACAUUCUGUUGGCCUUUGGGGCACAUUCUGCCAUACCAACAUGCAACUACAUAUGUGUACCUUUAAGCGAUAGUGCACGUUUCCUAAUGUGAAUUAAUUAUCCUGUAAUGCAUUUUGUCUACCCACUUUGAAUGAUUGAUGGGUGGAGUUUCCCGUUGUUGUUGACAACAUGUAAUAUGGCAAUCCUACUGCAAGUUUUGUUUGAAAGUACAGUGGUGCCUCGCAAGACGAAAUUAAUCCGUUCCGUGAGUCUCUUCGUCUUGCGGUUUUUUCGUCUUGCGAAGCACGGCUAUUAGCGGCUUAGCGGCUAUUAACGGCUUAGCAGCUUAGCUGCUUUAAGAAAAAGGAAACAAACUCGCAAGAACUCGCAAGACGUUUCGUCUUGCGAAGCAAGCCCAUAGGGAAAUUCGACUUGCGGAACGACUCAAAAAGCGCAAAACCCUUUCGUCUAGCGAGUUUUUCGUCUUGCGAGGCAUUCGUCUUGCGGGGCACCACUGUAACAGCGUAAGCACAUGUGUACUCAUGUUCAUUCUGCCUCCAUAGUCUAAGGCUUCCCUUCAUUUUACCCUCCAAAAUUCAAGUGCUUAUUUGGUGAGGCACGUCUUGCUUUCGCAGGUCUUUGGUUUGUUUUCCAAGAGUAAAAUUACUUUGGGGGAGUGGGAAGAAUUUGCACACGAAAGCUUAUACCAAGAACAAACACACACACACACACACACAUAUUUCAGAGAUUAUCAGUUUCGUAUUCUUUGCUUUAAGUACUUUGAAUUAUAGUAGUUAAAAUAAUUAAUUUUGUUCAGCAUCGAUACCUGAAAUAUUGAGAUUUGCUCCUUUUCUCGGAGUGUUGAAAGGAUCACUGCUGUUUUAUAUGGUGGGAGGAAAAGGGUGGUGGUAACCUAAAGAAAAAUAUUGGUUAUUAAAACUGAAAAACAAUAGUCACUAAACCUCACUUGGUUUAGUGGCUAUUUAAUGAUUGUUUGUUAUUUAAUGAUUAAGGUCUAUUAAUUUUAUUACAACCUAAGCUAGAGGUUUCCCUAAUCAAAAUAACUUCUUAUGUGUUGUCUGUAAUUCUGAGAGAGCCAACAUUGUGCCCUCCAAAUGUUGUUGGGCCCCAGCUCCCAUUAGCUUUGAUGAUUGUGGUUGAUGGGGGGGUGAGAGUCCCCCAACAUCUGGAGGGUGCUGUAUUUAGGUGGGUUUUUAUUUUUAUUUUUUUAAAAAAGAAAUGCAAAGGAAAUUCAUGCUUUGAUAUUAUUCUGCACUUCUUUUAACUUAACAUUUAUUGAAAUAUUUAGCAAAUGGCUAUUUCUGCUUAUUCCCUGCAUAUAACAGGGAAAAUUAGACAACAGGGAAAGGAAACAUUUCAAAAAGAAUGGGAAAAAAUUAUGCCGUAUAUAGGAAAGAUAAGAUGAAAUAGUGAAACCAGUAGAAUUGGGAAUAAACCUCACAACGGGAAAGAUUAAGAAAAGUGAUGGAUAAUGAAAAUAAUAAGCAAAAUGUAUAAGGAGAUUAAUAUAACUAACAGUAGUUGUAAAUGAAUACAGACAGACAACAAGAAUUGUAUAAACAGGAUUUAUUUGUUUAUGGAUAUACUAUGGACAAAUAUGGAAAAUGAAUAACAAUAUACAAAAUGGAUGAAAAUAAUGUGAUAAAAUUAUAUGUGAUAUAAAACAAAACAGAAGGAAGGAAGGAAGUCAGCGCUUAGGAGUAAGUAUAAAUGUAAAAUGCAACACAUUAUGUGUAUGUGGAGUAUGUAACCAGAAAACUCAUAAAGAUUAUUUGGAGAGAGAAAAAAGAAAUAUUUAGCAAAUGAAGACUGUAAAAACUGAGGUUGCUGAUGGCUGUAUUUUAGUGAAUUAAAUAUUCGCUAAAACAAUCUAGUUGCCUUUUUGAGAUCUCUUUGGACAGAAUCCAUCAAAAUGUUUUUUCUUCUCCAUCACAUAUUAAGUAAAACAACCCUAAUCAUUCAAAGCUAUAUAAAAUCUAGAUAAAAGUGGCAGUAUUCCUCCGAGCAACUCUUUUUCUUUUUCACCUAUUGAAUUUGUUUCAUGUAAUAUCCCAAUUAUAAGACUUGUUUUUGAAUGGUGUGUAUCUGUAACCACAGUGCCUUUUUUACUGACAUUUUCUGGCCAUCUGAGUGUGGUGCUUAUUGACCUUGUUCUGCAGGGGCCCUGCAGACUUCAACAAGGCUGAGCCAAAGGCGAACUGAGAAAUAGACUUUUUAAAAUAAAUAAACAUUCAUUCAAAAGUUACAAUACAUUUUCAAUCAAUAUAUCCCCUCCACAGACACAUCUGUGACGGUGGUGGCAUUAAAAUAUCCUGUUGUACAAUAAAAGAGAAAAAGGGAGACAUGAUGCACAGCAUAUCAUCAGCUGUGUCCCAUGCCCAAGUUUUCCUACUGAAGACACACUUAUCAAAAGUUACUCAGCAAAAUUAGUGCCCAAGUAUAUUUCCUAUGUGCUUCCUUAUUACCCAAAGGAAGUAUGUAUUGUAAUUCUAAGGAAAUUAGGAAUCCUAAAUUAUUAUUUCUUCAAUGAACUGUGUUUCUGUGGUUGUUAUUUUUAAGUAGUGUAGUCCAUCUCCCCCCCCCCCCUUCCUGGGGUGCUAAAAGUACAAUGACUUCUCCAAGCACUGCAAUUCUCAAACCUUUUUUCUUCUUCCUUGCUGUAUGCAGGCAAGGAGAUGAUAUUUAUGCCACAUGUCCCCUUCUCUUGUCUGCUUCAGUGAGCAGAGCUCUUGUAAAUGUCACUUCCCUGCAGGUGUGCAGACCCAGGGUAAAUAUGCAUUGGACGCGAAUCUAAACAGAAAGAGCGCAUAGGUCCUGAUACCGAACUUUCCCUUCUCAGCUGUGCACCUUUCACACCAUCCAACCACAUUGGUUGUUUAUAUUUUGUUUUAAUGGUUUUUUAUAACCUUUCAACAAUAUCUGAAAAAAAUACCACGAGGAACUAAGUCUUAUCAUGUCUUCAUCUAAACCACUAUUUAGACAAAUAUUUUAUUUUUGUAAUCCGCUGGACUACUAAGGCUUUGUAUUUUCCUGCAGUGGUAGAAGUAGUUUCAGACUUAUAUAGGUAGAUGAUUCAAAGCUAGGAGCUAGAGUUUAGAUAAGUGGAAUUCAUUUAGCAAGAUGCUCCCACUGGCAGUAGGGUGGGAGGCAUCUUUGUUCUGAGGGCUCUUAUUCCUUGCCCCCCAGAAACUGUUCUGGAUACUUGGGGGAUCCUUUAAAAUGAGCCUUUGUUCGCAGAGGGGCAGAUCUCAACCCAACCUUAAGGGUUUAACACUAUUUGUUUGCGCUGUUGUAAGUCCUACAACCGCCUGAACCUCACCAUGUUUCACUUUGGUGUAAGUUCCACUGAGCCCAGUAAGGCUUUUUUUCUGGUAAAUAUGCUUCAGGUUACAGUCCUAGAGCAAUUCCAAAAUCUACAUGAGGGCAAGGUGUUCAUUAGUUCAGCCCAAAUGACAUGAAGUACUGUGCAAGUUUUUGUGUGCUCCAGGACCUCUUUAUCAAACUUAGAUAGUUGAACAUAUGCUUAUUUGGAUUUUGUUUAUGUGUGUGUGUGUAUGUGUACACACACACAAUACAAUAUAUAAGUGUAGCAAAAUGUAUUCAGUAUAAACUGAAAAUAACAACAAUUACUAAACACUGCAGGCCAGCUACUUCCAAGACCCUCAUUAAUCUAAGAAACCAUUCACAAUGACUCUGCAAUUCCUGUUACAGCUGCUCACAAAUAAGAAAUGUCCAAUCUUUUAUUCAUUUGUUUUUGUUCCCAGAAGCGACCAAACCAAAGCCCAGGCAUUCAGUGAAGCGAAAACGGACGGCCGACAAGUCCACAAGCACCAGCGAUCCUGUGAUUGAGGAUGACCAUAUCCAGGUAAGGCCUUUCUGAGCCCCAAGCUGGAAACCUGUGCCAUCUUGCUGACAGCCUAGAUGGAUGAAUGCCCCUAAAUGCUGCAGAAAAUGUUUUGGUUCAAGGUCUACUCCGCAAUUGACUGUAUUUUUUUAAAAGGGCACUGUCAAACUGAAAAAUCACAUUCUGUCUUAAGGGGAUAGCAAGCAAAUUCUUCGGUUUCAUUUCAACAGAAUUUACUGUAAGUUCUUUGUGUGCAGUGCAUAUCUGGCUUGUAGUCUGAGUAUCUCUGCUGCUAAAGACCAGCAGGCAAGGAGAAAGAAGUUCCUCUAGUAGAAUGGUAUGUCAGUCGAUCCCUUUAACCAUCCUGCUUGAGUCCCGUCAAAUAUUUCCACAUCGUUAUGUUAUGAUGUUGCUCACACUCUGCAGAAGAUGCUAGUUGCCCCGAUUUCACCACCAUUGGUAAAUGUUUUGUUUGUCUGUAUGUGUGUGGUUCAUGUAGUGGUCUUUAAUUUUGAAAAUUAAUUUCUCCAGGUUCUUACACUGAAAUCAAAAAACCUUGUUGGGAUCACUUUGACAAAUUGUGGCAUAACAGAUCUGGUGCUGAAAGACUGCCCUAAAAUGAUGUUUAUUCACGGUAUGUAUACUUUAAUUGUAAUUGUUGAUGCCUGGGAAACUUGUAUACAUUUUCAUCAGACUUGGGACAUCUCCAGAUGCACCACAGGGUUUCCUUGUUUAAUUUUCUGAACAUAAUGGACUCUAGCCAUUGUGUCCCUCUGCUCACAGAAGGCUCUUCAAUCUAGCAGAGGCUUCUAUGAAUGGAAGAGAUAUUUUCAUUGUUUGUUUCCUUCCUUCUGCUCUCCCUUGAGGGGAAAAGUCUGAUCCAGUGGGUUGGGGAACUCUCAAAUAGCAUGGGUGGUAGUGCAGUGGGAGAAAGGGAAAAGUGCAACAACCACAUCCCUCCCCUGGAGCAAAGAGCCUUUCACAAACCAAGAGGAGAUAGUUGGAUACAACCCUAUCCAUUUCACCAGCUAUACUCCAUGCUGUAACCCAUGUGUUGGUAAUCAUGAAGUCGGGUUACUGUAACACUUGCGAUGUGGGGUUGCUCUAGGACCAGGUUUGGAAGCUCCAACUGGUGCUGAAUGCAGCAAGGGAGCAUCUGGCCAACAAUAUAUGACAUCAUUAUUAAAACAGUUGCACCUGCUGCCCAUCUGCUACAGAGCCAGGUUUAAGGUCCUUGUAUUAAUUUACAAAGCCCGGAACAACUCUGGUCAAAGCUACCUCAUGGAUCACCUGAACCAUUAUAUCUUAGCUCAGUCACUGAAAUCAUCAGCAGGAGCCUUGUUGAUCAUUCCCCCAUUUGGUGACGCUCAUUUGACAACAAGAAGAAACUCUGCCUGUAGUGUCAUUGGCCUGGUAUUGUGGCAUCCUCUGCCAACAGAGAUUCAGCAGGUGCCUUCUGUGCCAACUUAUAAAUGCCUGCUGAAAACCUUUCUAUUCCACCAGGCUUAUGCAGGCAAUUAAGAAUACAUCUUUCCACAAUAGUGAGCUGAUUUCUGAUUUUUACUUUUUGAUAGGGUUUUUAGUGUAUGGUUUUGUGUAUGAUUGUUGUAAUCGUCUCUGAUAUUUUUAAUGAAUGUAAUUUUUAAAAAAGAAAAUAAAUGCUUAAGUAAUGACUGCUGUUAAGCUUUCACAUUCCAGAUAGGGUUAUAAUUUUGGGAUAGGAGGAGUUGUCAGUGCUUCUAGAUUUCUGGCAGCUUCAUUUCCCAACUUAAUGGGCUAAAGGGUGUUCUUUCUUUUCCUUUUUUCUGGGCUAUCAGAAUUUUUCUGCAUAAUGAUAGAACAGGGAGGUGAAAAAGAUAAGACAGCAGUGAAGACAUAAGGCAUAGACAUAGUCAUACUUCUCACUUUUUAUGCUUUUAGUUUUCAUUUCCUAAUUUUACCCUAGGAGAGCAAAUAAAUGCAAAUUAAGAUUUUAUUGUUCCUAAAUGCAUACAAAUUGGCAAUAAGACAACACAGCCUUUCCAACAUUUGUAAUGUGGUAGGUUGUCUGUGGCCAUAGGCCAUACCCUAAACCUAAAUACCUACAUACAUUAUCUUACGGUCUUCACAAUUUUCUUGUCCUGGAAUAUGUAGCCACCAGAUGCCGCGUACUUAAGCACUUGAAGGUAGAGAACGCACCGAUUGUCAAUCGAUUUGACUAUGCUCAGUGCAAGAAAUUAAAUAUGGAUCAGGUACUGGAUCAGAUACUGCGGAUACCGCCAGAGAGAAACCGGAUCAUUUACCUUCGUCCAAUGCAGCAGGUAGUCAGAUGGAUUUCAUUUACUCAAAACUGUUUGUAUUCCUCAACAUCUGAGUCUUGUCCAUCCCCCCCUUUUUUUUAAAUGAGAAAUUUGCAUGUCUAAGUGGGUUGUAUGCAGUGGUGCUGCAUUCUCAGAAAACAAUUCUGCAUCAGGUUUUUCUUAAUCCUCACUACUCUGAUAAGCUUCCAAUGGCACCCCAAUAAAGCUGCUCCUGAGAACUUCAGAACCGAAUGGCAUAAGGUGCAGAAGUAUUGGGGAUAAAUGAAAAUCAGGUGCCCUGGUAAGUCUGCUUUUUGUAAGUGUUGGCAGAGCUUCGUUGGAAAACAUGUACAGAAUCUCUUCAUCAUAUGCAUGCUAUUUUGUUCCUUGCAGCUUUCUCAAAAGAGAAGUAUGGCAUAUUUUAUCAGGAAACUAGGAGUGAUGAUAGGACACAGCUUGUAGAUUAUGUCACUGUACUUUGUUCUUUUAUUUUGGUUAUAUUCCAUGUUGUACCUUUUUUCCCACAGGUUGACACACUGACUCUAGAACAGAAGAUAUUUAGUGGUCCCUACCCAUACCACAUCUGUGUAAUUCAUGAAUUUAGUAACCCUCCAAAUGUUCGUAACAAAGUGCGCAUUCGAAGCUGGAUGGACACAAUAGCAAACAUUAAUCAGUAAGUCUCUCUCUGAAUAGAACUGUAAUGGAUAAAUAUAUAUCUGUGAGUCAGAAAGGUCCUAUGCUUCUCUCCCACCACCACCCCAAGGAUGUUAUUGGGUUUCAGCUUCCAUCAUCCACAACCAACAUAACCAACAGCCAGAGAUUUAUGGGAGUUUUAUUCAAGCAAGAACUGCAGGUUCCCCUCCCCAGCUUAGUGUGAUGUAGACAUCAUUGCUUUUUGGGAAUCGUUUAAAAGCUGGUGGUGUUUUGAAACAUCGGCGUAUUCAUUGUAUUUUUCUUGUGUGAAUGCAGUGAUUCAUCUUAAGUUUUAUUCUGUCUAAUCCUCAUAGCUAUAAGGGGUCUUCCUUAUGAGCCAGUGGAAUGAGAGUAGGUUCAAGACCAAUAACUGUUGUCCUCAUUAUAUUAUCACAGCCUUGUAAGUUACUCCACCCCCCCCCCCCAAGGUACUAGCCUGUUUUUUACUCUUAGGAGGGCCUGCAUUUGGAUGUACAGAACACUCCAUCGCUCCUUUGUCUGCCUCUCUUAUGAGUGAAAAGCACGCAUGGGAAACAUUCUGAAGGCUAUGAAGGCUAGAAAUGAGUGAUUCCUCCCUCCUCCACAAGCCUAUUUGGGUUCUAUCUCCAUCACACAGAAAAGAGCUUCACCUGUUGCAUACCCAACACAUAAAAACCAAGCAUGCUAAAGGCAAAGCACAUAUUGCUUUGUCCCUUCUCCGCCGUCUCCCUGUGUUUCUAUGCUGGACAUGUAGGGGUGUCCUGCUCAUCUAGUGUAGGAACCAAGCAGAGGAGUUAGAGAAUGGCUUUUGCAUUUGCCACUGGCUUACUAUAUUUUUUUUCUAGGUGUGCAGGAGGUUUGUCUGCUGAGUGUCUAGCAAAGAAAUACAGAAUACUGGCAGCAGAAGGAAGGCACGCUCUGUCCUCUGCUACCAGCUCUCUUGCUUUCUGUGCUGGGAUAUUCAGGAGGGAGCGUCACUUUCUGGGGCCGGAGGGAGAUGAAGUGCUUCCACCAGCAGCCUGCUUGGUUUCUCCACAGGGCAGUAUUAAUCUGUGUUCCCGCUUGCACCCCAGUGAGUAAAGUGUAACUAGCGAGAAGGACCAGAGGCUCAAGAUUGUAGCAGAAGCAAAUUAAAUGGUUUAUUGAUCCCAAAUGCUCAACACGGGAACAGUAGAGAAUUUACAUUGCAGGUCUGCAGUACAGAAAUAACAAAACAUGAAUUCAGGCAGUAUGAGAAUCAGAGAUAGGAACUUAAUAUGAACCAGCAUAAUAACGGCAUUGACAAAGCAAUCAGUCAGAGCAAUUUGAAAGGCAUCCUAAGCCUAUAACUCCUUGCAGCUCAGAUUGAUGUGUUUGUUUUUUCAAAACCCUUCUAAGUUUCCUGAGCAUUGAAAAACUCCGUGUUGCAGAGUAAAGUCCAUAACCAACAAUGCAGUGCUGAGGGUGCAGGGGAGGAGAGGGUGAAUAAAAUAUCCUUUUUGUGAACUGGAGCAGCAAAAAGGAGGCAAGACAGGAAGCAGGGAAUAAAGCUAGGAAAUAAAAACAAAUAAAUGAAAUGGGGUGAAAUGUAAGGCAUUCUGGAAGUGAGUCGGAAUAGAGAUUGGGUCAACUUUUUUCACCAUUUAUGUCAUUUUGGGUACGGAGUCAGCAAGUGGAUUUGUAGAUUAUUCAGUCUUUUAUGGGUGCCCCACAGUUCUUCUGCUGUAAAGUGUCACCAAUAAUAAUAAUAAUGAUAAAUUUUAUUUAUAUCCCGCCCUCCCCAGCCGAAGCCGGGCUCAGGGCAGCUAACAACAAUAAAACAGUACAAAAGUACAGCACAAACAACACUCUAAAAUCAUUCAUAAAAUUAAUUAAUUCAAGCCACUGGCAACCAUUGGGCCAGAGCUCCGCGAAGAUUGCUGAGGGAGUCAAGCUGUGCCCUGGCCAAAGGCCUGGUGGAACAGCUCUGACUUGCAGGCCCUGCGGAAAGAUGUCAAGUCCCGCAGGGCCCUGGUCUCUUGUGACAGAGUGUUCCACCAGAUCGGAGCCACUGCUGAAAAAGCCCUGGCUCUAGUUGAGGCCAGCCUAACUUCUCUGUGGCCUGGGACCUUCAAGAUGUUUUUAUUUGAAGACCGUAAGUUUCUCUGUGGGGCAUACCAGGAGAGGCGGUCCCGUAGGUACGAGGGUCCUAGGCCAUAUAGGGCUUUAAAGGUUAAAACCAGCACCUUAAACCUGAUCCUGUACUCCACCGGGAGCCAGUGCAGCUGGUAUAGCACCAGGUGAAUGUGAUCUCGCAGCGAAGACCCCGUAAGGAGUCUCGCUGCAGCAUUGUGCACCCGCUGGAGUUUCUGGGUCAGUCUCAAGGGCAGCCCCACGUAGAGCGAGUUACAAUAAUCCAGUCUGGAGGUGACCGUUGCGUGGAUCACAGUGGCUAGGUCAGGGCGAGAGAGGUAAGGAGCCAACUGCUUAGCUUGGCGGAGAUGGAAAAAUGCCGCCUUUGUUAUAGCUGCAAUCUGCGCCUCCAUGGAAAGGGAGGUGUCGAAGAUUACACCCAAACUCUUAACGGAUGGUGCUGGCACUAAUUGCGCCCCCGCAAGAGAUGGGAGUUGCCCCCCCAAUCCCAUAUCGUCCCGUCCCAGCCACAGGACCUCUGUCUUCGAAGGAUUUAGCUUCAACCGGCUCCCACGUAACCAUCCAGCCACAGCUUCCAAACAUCUGGUCAGUGUGUCUGGGGCCGAGUCAGGAUGGCCAUCCCUCAACAGAUAGUUGGGUGUCAUCAGCAUACUGAUGGCAACCCAGCCCAAAACUCCGGACAAGCUGGGCAAGGGGGCGCAUAAAGAUGUUGAAAAGCAUCGGGGAGAGUAUCGCACCCUGAGGUACUCCACACACCAAGGAGUGGCGCGAUGACAAUGUCUCUUCAUCUUCUUAUGCCUUUGUAAGCACAUUCCACCAUCUCCAAGGUUGUAAAGAAUUUGUUAUUCGCCAUGUCACAGACGUUUUUCCGCCUCUUACCAAAGUGUCCCUGUUACCAACAAAUAACAUUUGGGUAGUCACUCUCUGCAUCAAUAAAAUAAGUCUCUUUGAUGUCAACAGCCAAUUAGACUUCCAAAGAAGUUACACUGAGCCUAGACUUUUCCACUGCUGUCAUCUGUCUUGGUUGAUUAUUACUGCUGUAGGGCUCUCAGAAUUCAGUGGUUCCUUGGGCCUAACAGAUCCCAGAUUUACAGGUGGGGAGGAUGCAAAGUACCCUCCUCCACACACAGCAUAGAAAUGCAGUGGGCUGCCAGAGGCGGAGUUAAUCUCUUUUUUGGUACCCUCCCCCGACUGAAAUUCCUGGUCACCUAUGGUGACCAGCCAAGUGGUUAAAAACAAAACUGGAUUAUAAUGUCUCUUUCUCAGACAGAAUUCCAUGUUUCAGAUAUUUCAUAUUUCUCAGAUAGAAUUGCAUGCUUACUCAUAUUUGUUCUUGUUUUCCCCCUCUAGAGAACUUAUUAAAUAUGAGUUCUUUCCUGAAGCCACACGAACAGAAGAUGACCUGAAAAAAUAUACAAAGUACCCCUGGGGGAGAGACAUGUACACGUUAGAAGGUGAGCAUUAUAGAGACAUUUAUAUUCUGUUUCUCAAGAAAAUACUUCUUUGAGUUCCAACAGAUAUCAGGGUAGUUGAAGUCUCCCAUGCCAUGACUAUAUUUAUUUAUUAUUUUUAAAUUUCUAUUCCACCCUUCAUGCAAGAAUCACAGGGCAGUUUGCAAUAUAAAAACACAAAAUACAUUACAUCAUAAUGAACAAAAACUAUGACAUCCCCCGAUGCAGCUUAAAAGGCCAUAGAUUGUUAAAUUAGCCAAAGGCCUUGAAGAAGAGGAAUGCUUUUGCCUGGUACCUAAAGAUAUGUAACAAUGCACCUGUCACUCAGACUUUUACAUAAGAUGGAUUGAGUAACUUUAUCCAAACCUGCAUUACACUCAAGUAGGAUGCACAAUCAGCUCAGUCAGUGCUGUGAAUCAAGUACCUAAAUUGGCAGAACAGCAAAAAUUCUGUGCACUCUUUAGCAUGAAAACCCCAUAAACUAGGAUAGCAUUGUAUUUGUUGCAUGAACAAGUAAAAAAUACACCAGAUAAGCAAUUGCUUUAAAGCUUAUAAUUGCUACUGCUUAUUUUCCAUUUUGGCUAUUGUAUCUCUCCUUUUUGAAUGUUUGGUAAUCUGCUUUAGGAAGGCACCAUCCAAGUCCUUGGGUGUCUGUAGCAGUAAGGUCACUGUUCUCUCUCCUACCAUGUUUAUCCCAUAUACUCUCAUUCUGCCUUCCGUGCUCCAAUGGAUUUCUUCACAAGUGGACACAUCCUUUACAUAUAAUGCUCCUAUUCCUCCCUUCCUGUUUAAUCUAUUCCUUUUGAGCAGGUUAUACCCCUCAAUUUCUACAUCAUCUCAUGUGUGAUGGUCAGGUGUGUACAGAGGUGGCAGGCCCAGUGGGUGCACUCAGUCUAUCCACCUCAAUGCACACAUCUUACCACUGAUCAAAUACAUGCACACACCUUGUUCCCUAGACUGGCCUUAAAGGCAGUUGUAGGUUGAACAGAGGGGAUUACAGCUGACGAAACAGCAUGAAAAUGUCCUUACUUUCUUUCCAAUUGCCAUAGGUGUUGUGGAUGGCGCCCCGUACUCUAUGAUAACGGAUUUCCCCUGGUUGAGGUCACUCAGAACAGCUGAGCCUAAUGGCUAUGCCAGAUAUGACUUUGAGGAUGAUGAAAAAAGUAAGUGAAUGCAAAUAACUUUACUGAUGUAGAACAUUUGUGCUCCCCAUCUGCUCAAAACAUACCCAAAGCAGAGCCCACCUUUGACAUGCAGUAAAGCUUCAUUGAAAUUAGUGGCUUUCUGAGAGAAGGCCUUGAGUUCCUUAUUCAUUCAGAUUCGGGAGUGAAGCUUUGCUCUGUAUUCCAGCAAGUCAGCAGUUACAUUCUGCUAGGGCUCAGGGCAGGCUCUGGAAUGCACUAAGGUAUGGAAGGCAAGUUGUCAGCAUCAGAUGAAGGCAAUUUUAUUUAGAAGGAUAUUUCCUAACUGCUGAGUAAGGUAAGGUUAUAUACAGCAAGGGUGGGGAACCUUUUUCAUAUGGAGGGCCAUAUUUCUAGGCAACCUUCCAUGGGCCACAUACCAGUGGUGGGUGGGGCCAAAGUGGACAGAAUAGUUAAUGUAAAUCUUAUCAUUGUACAGUAGACUUGUUUUAUACAUACUGUUCCCUGUCCUCCAUCCAUGCAAGCAAGAGUCAAUUAGAGCUCAAGGACACAUUCCAGCUAGGCAGAAAACAUGCAAGGAGGACUGACGAGGUUAGACGACCUCGAGGUCCUUUCUAGUUCUAUUGUUCUCCAAUUCUAUGGCAAACAACACUAAAGCAAUGAAACUCAGCCAUGAGAGAAAGCAGGUUAAAAAGUGUCGUAGGAUGUGCUUGGGUGAAAAGAGAGGACAGUCACAAAUGCCCUGUUGACAGCAGUUGCUUCAAAUGAGGGGAAAGUUUAUGUUAAAGUCGAUGUUGUGGACCAGGGUCACCAGCAUGGUGUUCAUGGCAGCAAGGUUCCCUCUCUCCCCUUCCCCACCGAAACUUGGCUUGAAAGAAGCACUCUGUUGUACCCAGCAGAAGAGGCUCUGGCGUCCACAAUGCUUUUUCCAGUUUUCUCCAAAAAGAUGGUGACCCCUGUGCACUAUUAGGCUGAAUGGAAUAGCUACAUAUCCCCCCCCCCCCAUUUCUUUGUAUUGCUUACACUUAAGUUUGAAAGUUUGAUGCUUAUGGCUGAGAAAAUACUCCUUGCUUUUUAAAAGCGAGUAUAAAUUCCAUGGUUAAUUCCUUUUGCUUCUAUUUUCUUUUUCUCUCUUUCUAUUUUUAGCUACUAUUUAUGCUCCCCGAAGGAAAGGACAGCUAUCAGCUGACAUCUGCAUGGAAACCAUAGGCGAAGAGAUCUCUGAGCACCGUCAAAUGAAGAAAGGUGUCUUCCAGAGGGUGGUAGCCAUUUUCAUCCAUUACUGUGAUGUCAAUGGGGAGCCUGUAGAGGAUGAUUACAUCUGACGGGAUCAGGCUGCAGCCUUCUAGCCCUUCCUUCCUUUGGACUGGUGUCGCCGGCAAAGAAAGCAAGUGGAUUCCUUCCACUUACCUUAGUGCACUGAGAGGUCUUGGAACUUGUGUGCUUCACAGUUGCCCCAAUGCCUACUGGGACAGAGUUUGUAGCAAAUGUAUAAUGAGAAGUUGCAUUGUACACUGAGGACUCUACGUAGAAAAAAAAAUCUUGCUGAAGUUGACUUUAUUUCAUAUGUUUAUAUUAAGAAAUGUAAUUUAAAGUUCCAUUUUAAUGAAGGCAACUAAUUAUGGCAAGGGAGAAAAGUUUGAAUUUUUUUUAGCUCAUUUUAUUCAUAGCAGUAUUUUUUGUUUGCCAUGGGCAACUUUCCAUAUGCUACGUUUGGGAGUCACAGGAUUCUUUUAAUCUGUGCCUUUUUUUCCUCUUGAGUAUCCUUAAGAAUCCAUUCUGAGUAAAUCUGUUGAACAGUCUUUGAGUCGCAUGCAUUUUUCACUGGGACCUAAAUCAGUGGCGCUAAGCUAGUCAAAGAGUGACAGAAGUGGGCAGGGCAUGACCUAUAGAAAACAGUCAGAUUAAACGCAGACACACAAACUGAGAACUUUAUCUUAUUUCAGAAAGUUUGUGGGCCAGAGUGCAAGGUAAAGCAAUGCAUUAAAAAAUGGUUUCUGUUGCAGUUUCCUCCUCCAAGAUACACUGCCUUUCUAAAAAGAUGCAAAUACAUUUGAUAAAAAAAUAUUGGCUAGGUUUUUAUUGUAUAGAAUGGCAAGAAAAGUGAUGGGACUCGCCUUCCAUUUCCAUUGUUGAUAUGCUAUUCUGUGAAUAAAAAACUCAGAAUAUCGUAAACCCUGAAGAUGGAAAUUAUAGAGCAGUGCAUCAUCUUUUGUCUCACUAGCCUUGAGAUACCAGAUUAUGCGAGCAUUCUGGGUAUUUGCAUAAAUAAGAUUGGCAGUUAUGUGGAGUUAUUUAUUGACACAGGAAGGUUAUAUAAUCAAGGUUGAAGUAAAAGAUCCAGCCGUUUAGUAGUAAUUGGAUAUGAACACAUUUCCUGUUCAGCAAAUGGCUGGAAUCUAAUCUUAUUUCUUCUGUUUCGUGCAUCUCUAGAGAGCUUAUCUCCCUGCAUUUUGCUGAAAGCUGUGUUUUGUGCAUUAAUUAAUGUGUCUGAGUGAAUGGAUAUGAAAUGCAAGAAGAAAGGCCGUACAAUCAAGGUUGUGUGCUAUUCGGAAGCACAGAAUUCAGCACCCUGAAAAUCUCCCACUUCCAUGGAUUUUAUUUUCUUGGUGCAUGCAUUCAUAUUUAGAAGACCUUCACCCCACUGCAGUUUUGAGAAUGGGAAGCACCCAUUCUCAAAUUACAACUUUCUAACAGGGCUUUGCAGAGCCACACCUUCAGCCCUGCUGCUUAUGGCAACCACAGCAGAAGGUGUGGGGCAGAACAAUUGGGCAGCAGUCAUAUUGCCCCAACUCCCUCCCUCAGUUUAAGGCUUUGUACUGGCUCCUAGCAGCGGAGAUCACACCAGCAAAUAGAAAGAGGGGUUGCAUCCAAUGGGAAAUAGUAGAGCUGGAUGGAGAGACAAAGUGGGAUGCAGUCCAUAAAAUUAAGUAAUUAAAAGAGUUAAUGCAACAAUAUUAACCUCAUUACAUUUAAACAAUAAAAUUGGCCUUGGAGAAUAGCUCCCAUUGCCUGCAAUACCAAUUUGAACUCCAGGAACCAUUAUGAAAGGAUAUUUUCAAAGCUUAUUUAAAGAAGAUCAUCGAGAGUGUCGGCCUAACUUUCCCCCAGGAUAUAAUUCUAUCAGAAAGGAGCCAUCACAAAGAUGACCCCUUUUCAUGGACCAAGCACCCAAAUAGAUUUUCCUACUGGACAUCUCAUUGGGUCCUCCAGUACAGAGCUGAACAUAUAGGUGAAGACAGUUCUGUUUAAGGCUUUGAAAGUAAUCCUCAAGUUCUAAAGAUUUAGAACUUGAAUAGCUACUGACUUUUGGUCUCUACUUACCUGAGGACUCCCCCCCCCCCCCCCGGCGCAACUAGUGCGGGAGCUUUGAAUCAAGAGUUCCAUCAAUUCGAAUGAGACAAGAGAGUGAAUCAAUUAGAGUGAAUCAAUUCUAUUAGUUCCUAACUGUUGAGGAUCUUUAAGCUGCAUAUAUUCUGCUACAAAUCUACUGGCAGAUUAAAUCACUCAGUUUGCAAGAUUUGUGCACCUGCAUCCCUCAGCACACAUGAAACAGCUUUGCACAUUUCUGAUGGAAUUUGUUGAGUCACUCCUAAAGCCAGCCGAUUUCCUGUACUGUACAGGCCUGUUGGGCUGACAUUGUGUUGAGGAAUAAAGAACUAGAUCAACCUAUAUUUACAAGUUCAGUGGAAAUCAACUCUUAAAGCCAAAAUAUGUUCCAGACACUGUGAGGCUAUACAACAGCAGUUAGUUUUCCAGACCCACUGGGUGUUGAUGAGACAACAUGCAAAGGACAUGGUGAGGAUGGGUCUAUUCAGAUAAUCAUUUGGUACAUAUGGUGUGCAACUGCUUGAUGGUUUAUCAAUUCUGGGUUGAGGGCUAAAAUUAAUUUAGAAUUCAGAGUCUUAACAUUUCUGCCAAAGAGGGUAGAUUCUGGGGAUGUGGUAGCUCUCACGUCUGGCUUUGAUAGGCUGAACUGACUACAAGCUGACAAAAAUUAAGGGUUAGAAAUCUACACUCUUAACCACUGAUUGCAGUGGAUGGACACACUGUCUGACCAUACUGAGAGAGACUAAAAAGAUGCUUACCUGAACACUUGGUACACAUUUACAGUUAUAUUUAGACUGAUGUCUCUCCAAUCUUCACAGGAAUUUCAUGUUUAUCUGCACAGCAAUAAAUAGAUACAGAUUUAUUAGGUACAGUACUUCUACCUGGAAAGAGCCUUUUUAUCUCUUCAAAUGCAAUGCUUCCCAGGUCUACCAGAUUAUGCCUAUUGACAUACCUAUUGACACACUUAAGAACUCAAAAAGGUUACAUUUUAAGAAGCCAUGUUGAUUCUCAGGUUCCUCAGCUCACUGGUAGUUAGAAAGACAAAGGCCAGAGUUCAGAGUUGAGUGAUGUGAGCUAGAAGCUGGAAGCAGCUGGCUGGGAAGGCAGAGAAACAAAGUGAUGCUUGAUUUCUGUUUGAAUUCAAGGCUGCAACUAUGGGAGAAGCGAGACCCUAUUGGGGUGUUGUUGCUGUGAUGCCCUCACUUGUAGGCUCAGAUGGUAUAUAUGUGUAAAUAGAAUAAUAGAAUUGCAUAGUUGAAAGGGACCAUGAGGGUCCCCUAUUUCUAGUUCAACCCCCUGCAAUGAAGGAAUCAUGACUCUGACAUUAAGAAUUGUGUGCUUUACCAACUGAGCUGUCUACAAAGAUACCACAUUCUCUGGUGUACCUCAUUCCAAAGGAAACGCAAACCCUGGAAAAGUGCCUGGGAUCCCAGCAAUUUUGCACCAUUUGGGAGAGUGGGACUGGCAUGCAACAGUAUUAAUGUGUAAGUAUUUUUAUGUAUACCACAAUGCAUAUAACACUUAUCUUUUUAUGCGCUGGUUAACUUUUGGAAACCUGGACUGUGCACGUGUAUGCUAUGUUUAUAAUAGUAUACCUAUAAUAAUACAUACAAUAUGUGAAGAUUGUAUUUUUAGCGGAACUGGCAAAAACACACACAAAAACCCGCAUUUCUGAGAUCAAGGAUGUGAGAUAUAAAUUAGAAAGCAUCUGCAAAUAAGUUUGAUAUCAAGCUUUGAUAAUGUCCAUCCCUAUUUUGGGAGUAUAGCUUCUAAAUAUAACCCCCAAUAGCUGAAGAAGAUCAUAUAUGAGCAUUAGAGGUAACUAACUUGAACAGUUCCGAGGGUUAUCUGCCUGCAUAAUCUAUUCCCUUUCAAAUUGUGAAUGGAAUUCAAGCCUCAGUAAACUAAGAAGGCAGUCUGCUUGAUUUACCCUUUAAUCUUCUGUUUGUUUAAAACUCUUCAUAAAUAUGUCGCGAGAGAGCAGAAUCCUGCAUUCCAACUACAACAGGGAUAUCUGCAAAACAUUCCUAACAUGAUUGAAAGUUUUAUCAUUACAGAUCUCUCCCUGGUACAUAACUUUAUUAAAACUAAUGGAUCUCCAAGAAUAAGCAUAAAGGGUUUCAUAUUUUUGUUCAGUUGCAUAAGAAGUCUCAAAAGUAGCCAGAAACUCAUCUUGGUAUCCAGACAAAAUAAAUUAUUAAAAAAUCCAGCUGUCAGUGCACUGCCCUGUUCCGCCCCUAGAUGUAGCUGCAUUACAAAACUUAAAUCACUUACCUGCAUUGGCUUUUCAGUUUUAAAAUAUAUAAAACUGAACAAAAAUAAUAGAAUACUAAAGUUAGCUACAGGAUCACUUUUUUUUCCUGGAGCAGUACUAGAAAAACACUUUAUUUUUAUUUUGUUAAAGAUGCUUGCCUAUAAUGCUGUAAUCCUGACCAAUUUGCUCAGAAGUAAGUCCUAUUGAAUUCAGUGGACCUUAUUGCUAGGUAAAUAGGGUUAGGACUAAUACCUUUAGUAAGAAUGUAGCAUGUACAUACAUAUAUGUCCAGGUUCUUUCAAAUGCUUACUAGUAGGUUUGGGGGCGUUUUUUGUGUGUGUGUGCCUGAAAGAUGAUUGUUGGAACCUAUACACUGUAUUUAUUUGCUGGGUGCAUUAAUGGGAGCAACUCCUGUGAAUUCAUGUAAAAACCCUAACUGCCAAGCAUUCACGGAGUGAAAAUAAGUAGGCAAGGAAGCCCGUGCUGAAGUAUUAAAUUUGAUUUUGCUUUGGUUCUCUGUCACACUCAUGGCUCUCCGAGCUUAGGUGGAGAGAGAUUAUAUUUUCAGUUUCAUGCUUUGCAGCUGAAAGCUUGGUUAGUAAACAUACUUUGGUGUCUUGUAUUAUACUUCCUAAACAGUGUGCUGUAGUUAUUGCAUCAAAUCUGUUAUCUACCAAAUAAUGUUCAUGGGUAAGCGCAGCAGAACCACGUCACUGGUAGGAGAUGUGUCAUCAGAGAGCUGAGUGGGCAGGUAAGAUAAAUCCUGCAUUGGGGGGAAAAGUACAACCUAAAAUUCCCCAUCUCUCCAGAAACCGUUAUUAGGAAAAUCACAGCAAGGCUGGCAGAGCUGUGGUGUUAUCAGCCAGUCUUUUCCACCACUGAUUGAUUGUGAAACCUCUAACUCUAAACUCUCAAAUGCGGAGUGACUGAAAGGCAGACAGCAAGGAUGUAUGAACUGGCCUCAGGGGUGCAUCUUUCCAGUCUGUUUGCCUUCCAAUGGUCCAUUUAGCUGUAGCAGGAACACCCACAGCAGAUUAUGACAUUACAGAGGGAGAGGGAAUUGACCUGGGAGAAGAUUGUGUGCCAUUAGGCAUCCCUCCCAUUCAUGUGCUCCCAGCUCAGUUUCCUUCCAACUUCACAUGGCAGGCCCAGUGUUCAAAGGGGUGGUCCCAGCUCCAUGGAACCAAGGAGGGUGGGUAGAAGGACCAAACAAACCCUUUCUUUUGCAAUGUCCUCCUCCCACACUGCAAAAGAUUUUCAGUACAUUCAGUAAUUGACAUCUUGUCUCCAUUCAAUGCCACCCAAAAUCUACUACCCAUCACAGUACAUCGGAUGGUAGUGUUGGCUGUGUUAUAUAAAUGGACUUUCUCAGCGGAGGGGAAACUUUUUCUAGAUCCUUAUCUCCCCAGCCCUGGAGGACCAAAUCUGACAGAUCUGCUGUGCUUUGAAACCCCUUGGACUUCAAAGCGCUGGGCUGUUUGAAAGCCCUUUUGCAAACAGCCCUAUACUGCUCUUUGAAUGUCCCCAAGCUGGUUCUCAUGGUUCAAAGAGAAGCAUGGGGCUGUUUGAUGUUGCAGGGCAGGUGACCAGUAUUAAGAGUCUCAGGGCCAAAGUUCCUUAAAGUUCCACCUGACUCCUUAUGCUUCAUUUUUAUCACUUAGAGCUCAACCAUGCCUAGAAAGCACGGGGCAAAUGAAAAACCUCUCAGACCAAUGAUUUCUAUGCAUGGGAUAAGCAGAAGUGUGAACAAGCCCUGAUAUCUGCUGAUGGGACACUUCCGGUGGUCACCUGUCAUAUGGCUGGCCUUCACUGGGGGCUGAGCCUUUGGUAUGGCAGGCCCUGUUCUAUGGAAAUACCUACCAGUAGAGGUUUAGCAGGAAUAUUCCCUGACUUCCUUUAGACAUCUUCUGAAAACUGCCUUAUUUAGACAGGCCCUCACAAUACAAAUUUAAAAAUCAGAUAGCAAGUGAUGGGAAUGACUCCUAUCUAAGCCCCCAGAAAACUGCUACCAGUUAAGAGCAGACAGUACAGUCGUACCUUGUUUUGUGGCCGGGAUCCUUUCUGGAGCCCAGGAUGCAGGGCAAAGCGCCACGUCUGCACACGUGUGCGGAGCGGUUUGCGCUUCUGCGCAUGCACGAGCAGCAAACCCGGAAGUAACCCGUUCCAGUACUUCCGGGUUUGCUGCGGACGUUCACCGGAAUGGACACUAGACGAGGUGGACGGUUGCAGAGGUAUUACUGUACUGGGCUAGAAAAACAAAUAUCUGGUGCAAUGCAGCUUCCUAGAUUCCUGACUCUGUACGCAUAAUAUUGUUAGGCUCAUGCUACUGGAAGUGAGGGAUAACAAACUAAGAACAUGAAGAUUUGAAAUACAGCAGACUUCAAAGGUGAUCUGAGAAGACUCUUAACCCAGCAUCCACAUAAUUGUUCUAACACGCUCAGUUGCCCUGUGGACAUGUUGGGCCUUUCCAUUGUUUGCACUGUACCUUUUGAGGUCUUUGUUCUGUGCUGGUGCCUUCCCUUCUUUCAUUCUGUAGCAAGAUUGGAGCCACAACUUCCUGGGUCACAGAGGCCAGACAUGAAACUUGUUUACUAUGUGCCUGGAAAGCAAACUGAACAAAAAUGAAAGUUGCAUUAUUUGGUCUCAGAGGCAGUGACAGGUUUUAGGAGGCCCUUGAUUAAAUACCUGGGGGGGGGGCCACUACCACUUUGGCACUUCUGGCACUUCUGGUAGACCCCCCCAAUAACUUUUACUUUUAGUGGAUGCUGCUACAGCUGUUCUUUUCCUGGUUGUUACUGCCCAUCUUCUAAUGGCCAUCAUCAUCCCAUUUCUCUUUCCUUUCUUACCUUUUGAGGAGGGUUGUGGGGUUGAUCUUCACCCAAAUGCCGGUGCCACCACCUGCCAUCUCACCACUCCCAUCACUACUGUGGGUAGUGGGUGGCUGGUCUGCUAGCUGGAGCAGGUGAGCAGCAAGGGAAGGUGCCUGCCAGCAGCAAGUAUGCAGAAGCCCAUCACUAUUUUAAAUAUUUUCUGAAAAUGAGAGGAAGUGAGCGCAGCUACUAAAAUGGCAACUUUAGGGAUGUGGGACAAAGGAAGAGACUCAAAUAGCAAGAGGUCUACCUGCUGUAUGCUCCACAGUCCUCCUAGGUACUACCUUUGGGACUGUGGAGCCAAAGUGGAUGUACUUACUGCCCGUCUCAUCAUACUCACAGUAAGUUUUUACCAUUAAAUAAAAAGUGUGGUUGGGUGGCUAUUUGGCACUUCCUAGUAUGCCACAGCUUGCGUCCGUGUGUCCUUCACAGCUGCCACCUGUCUGGCAGUUGCCUGAACCCGGAGCUACAUGUGCGAGACUCAGAUCUAUGCCCCUAAUGGGGCUAACAUGACCAGUAUUCCGCCUUCAGGCUGGUCAGUCUUCCUGUAAUUCUUCUGGCUUGCAGCGGAGAAACUAAAAAUAGUCCUUUUCAGGAUUAAGAAGACAAAUGUGUGAUCUUCCUAAACUCUGCCUGGAAAUUAUCAGUUGAGGAAGGGAACAGUCAAUGAGCUAAAGACUCAUCUAAAUAUUAAGCAAAGUUGACAGAUCAAAACACUUUCACAGAUUCCUACAGAAUGACUAUUUACAAGCACUAGAAGAUUCUGUAGCCAUCUUUGGCUUUCUGCUAUCUCUAUUGUAAUUAUGUUCAACAAAUGCCAUGCAUCUGCUAAAUUUUUCCAACGCCUGACUGCUGUCACAGUUCUGUUUUAUGGAUUGUGCUUGCAGCAUUAAAAAAUAUGCUUAUUGUGUCUAGUACAUAAAAAAAAAAACCAUAGUGCUAUCCCUUGAUCACUUCAGCCAACACCUUUACAGUUAAGCAGUUCCGUUUGGGGUGAGGGAGGACACAUCAAAAGCUUUUGCCUGAUCAGACUUUUUAUCAAUAGCCUUGGGCUCAUUCAUGCAUUAUAACUAGAGUCUACUCUGCAGUAAGCAAGAGGUAAUUCAAGGAAAUAAAUAAUAGUAAGCACCAGACGUAAUGUUUCAUUCUACAUUAACUACAAGAACCUCUCUGGCAAUCCUGUUUCUCAGGGUCCACAGUAUUCCAAACUUAAGUGACAUUUUGUCCUAGCUCUAGAGAAACUUACAUAUUGGUUUUGUGUCUGUAUCUGUCUCCUUUGCUGGAUCAUGUAUUUGUAUGAUCUUCUAGCAUACAAACUGUAACUGGAGAAAUGCAAAAAACCAUGACUAGACUUACCACCCGUGAGGACACCACCCUUAUGAAGAAGAGCCAAAAAGGUUGGUACUUUCAGUUUAGAAAAAGACAACUAAAAGGAAGAAAACAAUCAUCAAUAGUGAUGGGAAGUGGAUAGACUGAAUGGGUUUUCUCUUAAGACUACAUAUUUUAGCUCUCUCAAUGAAAUUAAUUGGCAAGGAACUCCAGGUUGAUAAAAGCUCUUCGUACAUUGCUUAAUUAACUCAUGCAGUGUAUUACCACAGGAUGGUUCUAGCUUUGAUAGCUUACAAAAAACAACCCCCCACAAGUUCAUGCUAAAUGAUCAACCAUUAAUAUUGAGAGAGAAAUGGAACCCUUCUAUUUCAACAAAGUAUAAGGCUGAAUACCAGAUCCUAAAGACAAGCUAACCAUCACCACCAC